GGCUGCGCGCUGGCGACUGGCUCGCCUCUUGCAGCCCCCGCCGCCGCCGGCUCGACCACCGGAGCGAGAGCAGCGGCAGCAGAGCCGAGAGCUGCCUCGGCUGCCUCUCCUCGCCCUGCUUUCCUUCUUGUUUUUCCCUUCUCUCUCUCUCUCUCUUUCCCCGCACCCCCCUUCCUCCGCUCGGCUUUUGCUCGACGGCAUGGCCCGGCGCAGAGCGGGCGCUGCCUUCCCCGGGCUCUGCCUCGGCGUCCUGCUCGGAAGCCUCCUGCCCCUCGCUUCCCCGCAGCAGCAGCAGCAGCCGCCGCCGCCGCCUCCUUCUCCGCCGAGGGGGAGCGUUUGGUGCCCCAGCCGCUGCCUCUGCUUCCGCACCACCGUGCGCUGCAUGCACCUCAUGCUCGAGAGCGUCCCCGCCGUGUCGCCGCAGACCACCAUCCUGUAAGUUGGGGGGGGGGGGUUGAGAGAAAGAGGGGGGGGGCAACUUGAAUAAAAUAUUGCGGGGACGCGCGAGGAAAGCUCCGCCCCGCAUCAUCGAUCCCAAGACAUGGCGCGCGCACCAAUUAUUUGAAUGGCAACUUUGGGGGGGGGGGCUCAACUAUUUUACCGGGGGAGAGUUGGCUCCUGUGGACAGCCACGUCUAUCGCGCGGGGCUUGAGCAAGACUCCCAGGGAGGGGAGGAUACCUGAGGCUUUUUUGGGGGGUGGGAGGGAGGAACCACGACGGCUGCUGCGGCCCCCAGCGCACUCCUUUGUCUGCAGCCCGUGGCGGGUCUGGGUCUCUUGCUACCGGUGCCGUGCAGACUUCUCUUUUGUCCGCGCCGCCGCCGCCGCCGCCGCCACCUUUCGUGUUUUGUCUACACAGGCAUGUUGGCUGAGGUCCACAAGCUUAGUUGAAGUUUGGACGCCUUGGGUAGAGACCCCGCAGCCCAGUAAUGCAGAAGAAGUGGUAGGAAGGAGCGGAGCAGAUCUUGAAGCUCCAGGGAAUACGGGAAGGAUCCAAGCCACCCGAUCCCAGCCUUUCUUGAUUUCCUUAAAAAAAAGGUGACCUCGGUGGAGGUUUUUGAUUUCAUUGACGGCUGCACUGUUGGAGAAGUUUCACUGGAGGAAAACACACACACACACACACACACACACACACACAGCCCUCUGUUCUGUGGUUUCGUUUAUUCCUUCCUUUUGCUCUGGUUUUUCUGGCUGAGAGUUUUGAUCUCUGCAGCUCCGAGACCUUUUGUGUGGCUUUGUCCUCUUUAGGAAUGUAGCCACUGGCAUGAACUGUGUGGCUUUUCCAAGUCACUUGGCCUCCCAAGCCUCUUUGUUGUAGACUUCCAUUCAUCCCUCAGUUCUGCCUUCGAUUUCAGGAAUGUCUGUUUAAAAGGUGUCCUGGGAUAUGUCUGUUAAGAAUGCAAUAAUUGGAGACCCUUAUCAAUUUUUGUUGCUUUUUUUUUUUUGGUACUUGCCAUAGGUGGGAAUGUUGACUGGAAACAGUGCUGUGUGUAUUUUGGACAGAGGGUUUGUGGAUUUAUACGUUUUCUUUAAAAAGGAAACACGGCCAUGAAACGCAAGGGUUUUGAUGAGUUCCCCUCCCUGCACUUUCCCAACAGCAAACCACUUCUGAGCAGUUUUCAAACAUGAUUCUUGUUAGUGCCUUCAGGUGUGGCGUACUUAGUCGGGCAAGAAAGGGGUCUUUCGGGGAUACUUUCAUCUUUGUUUUAAUGUGGGUAGCUGUAAAAUAUACAGAGCCUGUGCUCAAUUAUACCCGAAGAACAUAAGCCUCCUGAUCUUGCAAGAGAUUUAUGGGCAUGCCAAACUUAACAUAACUGCGUGAACCACAGUGAUGUCACUGUAAGUAUUCUCUGAAUACUAUAGGGAUCUUCCAGGGUACAAAAUGAAGCAUGUGCAAGACUCAGACCAAGAUGCAGCCUUUGAAAAGGCAGUUCCAUGAAUGCCUGACUUCCCUGUUGUGAGUAUUCAUAUUCAUAUAUACAGGGUUACUUGGGCUGUGAGCACAUCGACAAUUAACUUGUGCUGCGCUUGACCCCCCCAGCCAGCACUUGACUGCCCCAACACCACUUCUGCUGUUCCCCGGAAAGCCUUCCCUCUUGCCAAACACAGCGAGAGAUAGGGCGUUCCAUAAGGCGUUAAUGUUCAUCCAGCAGCAGUGCCAUGCACUAGAAUGCCCACCUCUUGCCAGUACUCAGAAAAAGGAAGCAUUCUGGUGGGGCAGGUGGAGCCGCCUCUUGCACUUUCGCCACCUGAGGUGGGCUGCCUCAUACAAAACAAUCCAGCAUCAAUGUAUUUCCAUCAUGAUGAAGAAAAUUAACAAGACUGCAUAUCAGUCAGGAAGGAAAAUACAUGUCACAUUAAAAACACCAACCAUAGUUGGUUUAUUGCCCAGUACAGUGGUACCUCGGGUUACAGAUGCUUCAGAUUACAGACUCCACUAACCCAGAAAUAGUACCUCGGGUUAAGAACUUUGCUUCAGGAUGAGAACAGAAAUCGCUCGGUGGCAGUGGGAGGCCCUAUUAGCUAAAGUGGUGUUUCAGGUUAAGAACAGUUUCAGGUUAAGAAUGUACCUCCAGAACGAAUUAAGUUCUUAACCCGAGGUACCACUGUAGUCAUUUAGUCUCUUAGGGAGACAAUGAUCAAAAACCCAGAAAUAUAUUUUACCUGGGAUUCUUCAGAUUUUUACAUUUUUUUUUUUGCACUGGGAUACUAAUACCCUAAGCAAAAUUUAUAAUUAAUAGUUUGCAGUUUAUCUAGGCAGGUGAAGUUGUAGCUGUGUUCUGUUUCUGUGAGUUAUUUAAGUUUUUGUCAUUCUUGUGUCUGAGUUACAGACCAAGUCAUCAUGGCGGUUUUGAAAACUACAUAAACAGGGCCUAAAAUUUAACAUUUUAUGAUAUAUGGAAAAUUGAUUCAGAUUCUUACAGGUCUACAAGCCUGCAUCAAGUUUGUAGCAGCCAGGCCUGCACAAAGCAGGCAUUUGCUUGGAACAGAGCCUUUUUGGUGGUGGCACUGCAGUUGUGAGAUUCAGUUCCAUGUGAUAUCAUCAGGCACACUGCAUCCCUUCAGAUUCAGUCCACCUCUUUCUUCAGUGCCUAAUGCAAAAUGGUGUUCUGGACUGAUAUCUGCAUAUUGGGGAUUUGUUAGUUUUAUUUGUUGCUUUUGUGCUGGUCUAGGAUGGUUGUCUGGCGGGACGCGGGUGGCGCUGUGGUCUAAACCACAGAGCCUAGGGCUUGCCGAUCGGAAGGUCGGCGGUUCGAAUCCCCAUGACGGGGUGAGCUUCCAUUGUUUGGUCCCUGCUCCUGCCAACCUAGCAGUUUGAAAGCACAUCAAAGUGCAAGUAGAUAAAUAGGUACCGCUCUGGCGGGAAGGUAAACUGUUUCCGUGUGCUGCUCUGGUUCGCCACAAGCGGCUUAGUCAUGCUGGCCACAUGACCCAGAAGCUGUACGCCAGCUCCCUUGGCCAGUAAAGCGAUAUGAGCGCCGCAACCCCAGAGUCGUCCCCGACUGGACCUAACAGUCAGGGGUCCCUUUACCUUUACCUUUAGGAUUGUUGUGAAGUGGGUAUUUUAAAUAGUUUAUAUUCUAUUUUAUAGGUCGUAUUUUAUUAGCGAUUGUAAGCUGCUGUGUGAAGAGUACUGAAAAGUAGACUAGAUAUCUGUUAAAGAAUAAAUAUUUUAAAUUUCUAGGCAACCAGAUGCCUGGAAUUUCCAAAGACCUCUGUUUUGGCACUGAUAUGUUUCAGUAAGUGCUCUUCAACUUCUGCCGUUUACUUUGCCUUAAAAAAAGACUUCACAAGCCCGUAGUCUUGUUACAUUUGUAGUGUCUUGCAAGAUAUUAUAUCAGCAGUUUUGCUUGCAUUUUUCUUGAAUUACAGAAAUACUGUUAGAAGGGAGAAAUCAUUAACACACUGAUCAAUACAGCUUUACCCAGAAAUAUUAUUUGAGCUUAUUUCCAAAUAAAUAUGUUAGGGGCACAACUUUAUAAAUGCAGGUUUUAGCUGUGAAUCCUAUUCUAAAAAAACAGGUUUUAGACUAUUUUAAGGCCACUAUGCUUCAGAUUCCAAAUAUUUCUGAAAAUAAAAAGUGGAAUUUAUUUUGCCACUAACUGAACCUUUGGCUUAAUGCACAACCUUUUGGCAGCAUCUGAGUAAUCCCGCAGAAGCUGUAAAAAAAGGAAAGAAAAAUUAACUGACUAGUACAGGAAGUGGGUGGUUAAUGUUUCUUGCAUUUAAAACAAAGUACAUUUACAGAGGGCUUUUAUAUUGAUCGGUUUUCUUUAUACUGUUUCCUGUAAUGCCAAGUUGUGCAUGGCCCUGAAUGAGACAUCAUGUUGUUGUCCUCUGUCAUCGAAACAUAUGUCUGAAGGCAGAUGGAGAUCAGAAAUAUAAGAUCAAAAUACUUGAUUAAAACUGCUGGGGCUUGGUGGACGUCACAGUAAAUUGUCAUUAAUUCUUGCAUUUAAUAAGCAAAAGACUAUUUCAGUUGGGGUUGAGAAGUAGUAUUCCACCACACGCACAUCACAUUCUUACUGACUUGUUACCUCACCUUUGGGAUGACAGCUUGCCUUAAGAGCUAUAAUGAUUUGUAAUACAGUGGUACCUCGGGUUACGUACGCUUCAGGUUACAGACGCUUCAGGUUACAGACUCCGCUAACCCAGAAAGAUUACCUUGGGUUAAGAACUUUGCUUCAGGAUGAGAACAGAAAUCGUGCUCUGGCGGCACGGUGGCAGCUGAAGGCUCCAUUAGCUAAAGUGGUGCUUCAGGUUAAGAACAGUUUCAGGUUAAGAACGGACCUCUGGAACAAAUUAAGUACUUAACCCGAGGUACCACUAUAUGCGAUCUGAAUCAUAUAUUUCAGUAGAGCACUACUAAGUAGUUGCGUAAAGGAAGUGAACUGAACUUUAAGCUGAUCUGGCCUAUAGUCCUUUAAAAAAGUGAGUAUCUCUUUCACAUCAGAAUAAUCCGUUAGCCAGAAUUUUAAUUAAUGAUAGUAUGAAGCAGGUGAAAAUACCAUUGGUUAUAACUUUCAGCAAAUGUGUUAUCUUGGCAUGGAUCAGUUGUUUCCAGGAUUUGAGUCAUGUGUGUCCCUUAGAUCACAUGCAAAAGACCCCCCCUCACCUGUUUCCGUCUUGGUUCCUUUGUGUCUGGAAUCAAUGAAAAAUACAUAGCACACUUGUGUUUCGUUUCUUGGCCAGGAAGUCUGUAUAGAUUGUCCCAUGGUAUUGGGGUAAAAAGAGAGAUUAUGACCGCUGAUGUUUUCAAAACAUGCCUUGUCAUGGUACGAACAGGAGCUCCUCCCCUCCUGUGGUGCUUAGAGUCAAGGGAAGCCCUCACUCAGGCAGCGACUGCCGUCCACACCUCCUAACUCACAUGUCCUAACUCAUAAGGACAAAGACAGAAGCCUGAGGCUGCUUGCCGGUUGCUCUAGCAGCGAUCCUGUGCCUUCAGCAGUUGUGGAGAUGAUGAGCAAAUGUGGGCUACCUGGUUAUCCCCAGCUCUUGCCCUUCUAUCUCCUAUGGGGGAUGCAAGCAGGAUGCAAGAACCUGCCCUGCUGCAUGUAGGUAGGCAACUUUUCAGUGAAGAGCUAGCUGCGUCCUGGUAGAAAUCAGAUGGGCCUCCCUCAGGGUCUACAUGGAAUGGGGUGGUUUCCUGGUUCCAUUCACGGUACCCAUUAAAAAGUCGUCUGUAGAGAGGAAAGGAAGAAACUAGAAAAUAAUAAGAAACAAGAAGGCAUAAUCUCUGGGGAUGGGUUCACAGUAGUUAUCGGCAAGGGGGUGGGAGAACAGAGGGGGAAGUGAGUGGUGCCUCCUGUUUUAUUGAGGGAGAGGCAUAAACGACAGUGACUGAUGUUACAGGGGUUGUGUUUGUAGCUUAUUCUGCUCCUUGCACUCGGGGGGGGUUGUUUCCCCCCCCCAACCACCGUCGCCAGAAGCCAGAGUGCCUGGCCUUUGCUAACAGAGACCUUUGCUGCAGGUGAAGCACAGUGCAUUCCUUGAUCCCAGCUGUUGGGCCAGAAGAGUAUUAUUAUGCCAUGCAGCUGGGGCAAAAUACCAUUUUCUCAUGGGGCAAAGGGGGUUUGGGCUGACAUGGAGAUAUUGCUGCAGGUACGCUUUGCAACAAAUCUCUCGUUUCCUUGUUUACCUUGUGUGGGGUUUUGGUGUUCUCUCCCGCAUCCCAGGUUGUGGUGGAGUGGGGCUUACCUGCAUGUGGAGAUGAGUGUCUUCUCACUGCUGUGUGGGUGUAAGUGUGUAAGAGUCCAACCCAUGCAGCUCAGGUAAGACACAGUACAGUGGUGCUUCAGGUUACAUACGCUUCAGGUUACAGACUCCGCUAACCCAGAAAUAGUGCUUCAGGUUAAGAACUUUGCUUCAGGAUGAGAACAGAAAUCGGGCUCCGGCGGCGCAGCAGCAGCAGGAGGCCCCAUUAGCUAAAGUGGUGCUUCAGGUUAAGAACAGUUUCGGACCUCCGGAACGUAUUAAGUACUUAACCUGAGGUACCAUGGGAGAUAGUUGCAGUACUUGUACUUAUCAGCAAGGGUCCCCCUUCUCCUUUGCUUACUUGUGUGGGGUGCUCUGCUCUGCCCCUCUCUCAGUUGUUGGAGUGAAGAUGUGUGCUGCUGUUAGCAAUGUAUUCAAAACCCUAGAGUGUUUUGAAGACAAAGUGCCCUUUCUCCAUAGCUUCCCCAUGGGAGCGCUAAGCAUGAUUAACAUUGUGUACCAUAAGCUAUGGUCUCUGGAUGUAGGAUUUAUAUAUUGGUAGUAGUGUGCUGUGAUUGGGUGCCAAAUUCCACCAUAUUCUAUUCUCUGCUGCAGUUGUAUGAAUGGGUUGGUCAUCCGCAUGGGCACAACUGUUUGAAAUUCACCUUUUCCCAUUUAAGCCCCAGAUCUGGAGCCGGUGUGAAGCUGAGCUGUUUGUCAGGCACAUGACAGUUGACUCAAGAGGUAUAGGAUUUGGUGCUAAGUGUGCUCUUCCCUUUUGCUGCUUCCAUCCCAAACAUGAGUUGUUUAAUCUGUUCUGCUGAUGCAUUUGCGUUGUUCCACUGGCUUAAUUUUGUGGCAGUGAUGCAUCUGAUGUAUCCAUCAAAUCCUGUGUCCUCUCAGCUGGCAGAUAUCAUUCAAAAGAUUUCUCCCUAAGCUGUGCUGUUUCUUCACUGCUCUUCUUUUUUCCUUCUGUGAAAAACAAGACCUAUUAUUUCCUUUGUCCAGGCUUCUCUUAGCAUGCAUUUAAUGAUUAAUCCUAAUGAUGUGUAUACUUUCCUCCCCCAAAUAAUUCCUUUAUUAACAAGACACUAAAUACUGCUUGUUCUAAUUCAUCUGAACUGUCUGAAUAUUCUGCAACUCAUCUCCUUUUUUAUUUUGCUUUUCAUCCUUCCAUUUAUAUGUUAGUUUUAUUUUUUGUUAAUCUUCAGUUCACCGUUUGGUUUUUGUUUUACUGAGUGGAGCUAAGUAGUAAUUGAAAAACUAUGCUUCCUUUCUGCUCAGUAGUAAUGGCUUUGCUUUUUCGUGGAACAACUGAGUCUGUAUUUUUUCCCCUUUAUAGUGUUCCUUGUAUUCCUUCCUUAAAUGAGCAUGCUUUAGUCAUCAUUGUCUGAUUUUUGUGUGUGAGUAUGCCAUGCAUGCUGUGCUUUUAUGCUUACCUCAUUACAGUUGUGAGGUCUUCUUCACACAAUCCAUUGUGCAUAUGCUUAGUUUUGUUCUUCACAAUAAUCUUUUAUAGUCCUGUGCAGACCUCCUACAUACUUUAUAUCUGAAGGAGCAUCUUUUCCCCCAUCAUUCAGCCCAGACUGAGGUCUAGCUCCGAGGUCCUUCUGGGGAUUCCCUCAUUGUGAGAAGUGAGGUUACAGGGAACCAGGCAGAGGGUCAUCUCAGUAGUGGCACCUGUCCUGUGGAACGCCCUCCCAUCAGAUGUCAAAGAGAUAAAUAAUUAUAUGACCUUCCAUAGACACCUGAAGGCAGCCCUGUAUGGGGAAGUAUUUAAUGUGUGGUGUACCGUUGUGGUUUUGUAAACUCUGUUGGAAGCUGCCCAGAGUGGCUGGGCAACUCAGUCAUAUGGACAGGGUACAAAUAAUAAUAAUUAUUGUUGCAUGGAUUGGAACUUACAUAUGUGCAACCCGACGCCUGUAGUUUUAUAAUGCGUAACUUGUACUCUCCAUCGCUGCAGAUGUGCAGAAUACAGAUGUGUUCCUAUCUACCUAUGUAACAUUGUAUGUGCAUAGUAGCUUAGCGCUUGUGACCAACAUGUGGAGGUUGUGUUCAUGAUCCCAUUCCCCCCCCCCAACUCCCCCAUCAAAGAUUCCAGUUUCUGAUUAACAAUUCUGAUACAGGAUGCUUCCUUUUCAGUUCUCAAUUGGAGCACUCUGCUUGGAUCAAUAAGGUCUGCUAUGUAUUCUGACCCCUUUUAUGCAGGGCUGGUCCUAUUUGAGGCAGAAUGUAUUCCUUGCUGCCUUGCUUACUUUCCCUUCAAAAAUGUGUUGUCUUCUGUGGUAAAUAGAAACCUGUGUUGCCACUGCAAAAAAAAAGCAGACACACACCUCUAGAACAGUCAUUGGACAGUCAUUCCUAGAGAUAUGCGCAAUAUACAAAGUUAACUUGUGCUGUCAAAUAGUAUGUUAGCAUUCACAGAGGGAAGUAAUUUUUUUUUCCAGUUUUGAUCCCACUUCUCUUUCUAAAAGAGAAUGGCUAGAGUGGCUAGCAGUCCAUAAAAUAUCAAGAGCAUAAUAAAAAGGUAGAACAAAAUGGUAUUUUAAAAGACAUUUUUGUGUGUGUGCUUUAUGCAGGUUUUUAAAAUUAUGUGAAUUAUGUGUGGUGUUAUACCAGGUUUCUGGUGCUGGUGAUGCACACGCGCGUGCACACACACACACACACACAGCCAUCCUGAGUCUCAUUUUCCAAAAGAAAGGUGGGAUCAAAUUAUGAAAACAACAAAUUUCUGUGGUAGAAGGGCUAACUUAACUCUCUCACUGUGUCUCACCAUUUUCAAACCCAAUAUAAAAUGUUGCAAUCAGACUUUAUGAUUGGGAUGAUGAACCCAAAAGGAGUGCUUUCAAGAUUCCCAGUUAUUUCUGUUUUGUGUCUGCCAUGCAUCACCCAUGCAAAACAGCAAUGCUUCUUAUCUGAAAUAAACUGUUCAGAAAUGUUGAAUUGCAUUUUACUCCUCCCAGAAGCAAGAGGAAUGUGAAACCCCACACAGAGUAGCCCUGUAGAGAUACUUUUCAUUUCAUGUGGUGAGUGGACAGCAUGAACACCCUGUCUUCCAUCUGCAGCGCGUCUCAAGUCACCCUUCAUGUGCUACGUGAACAAAGGUCUGUAGCAAAGAGCCUGCUAUGCUCAAUGGGACCUCUUCCUAUCCUGCGAUUUAGAAUUUUGCACAGCCAGGAUUCUGCCUUGCACAGGUAGCCUUGAGGAGCACAGCAAGCUCCCUGCUGCAGACAUUUUGUCCUCCCGAUGCACGGAGACAGUGUUGGAAACUGUAUAAGCUAGGGGCCAAGUUGCUCCUUAAACCAGGGUUACAGGUGCCAAAACAGAAUGCCAAGUUGCCAGGUAGCUUUAAAAAAAAGAAUUAUUUUUGCUUCCUGAAAUGCAUUCUGAUUGUGCAGAUAAAAUAUAACAGAUAGAAUUCUACAGGAUGUGUUGCUAGUGUGUGAAAACAGUCAAGAUCCAAGAAACCCCAGGCAUGCAGCUCCAUCCUGGCACUCGGGCAUCUUCACUUGGUCGCAAGUGGCCAAUAUCUGGCCGCAAAAUGUGCCUGGCAAAUUUUUGAACGCUGUAUGGGGGUGCGGGGUUUGGCUUGGUGCUCAGGAUGCAGUGGAAUGGGGUAGGACAAGCCAGCACAUCCGUGUUCUACCUUAUGCAGUUCUGAUUGCGUGGGGAAACUGGGCUAAAUGUGUGCCGAAGCUCCAGUUUUUCCAGUCUACUCCAUUGGUUUGCAUAUGGCUGAACUGUGAGCUAUUAUUAUUAUUAUUACAGUGGUACCUCGGGUUACAUAUGGUUCAGGUUACAUACGCUUCAGGUUACAGACUCUGCUAACCCAGAAAUAUUACCUCGGGUUAAGAACUUUGCUUCAGGAUGAGAACAGAAAUCGUGCUCCAACGGCGCAGCGGCAGUGGGAGGCCCCAUUAGCUAAAGCGGUGCUUUAGGUUAAGAACAGUUUCAGGUUAAGAACAGACCUCCAGAACGAAUUAAGUUCUUAACCCCAGGUACGCAGAUGGCGCUGUGGGUUAAACCACAGAGCCUAGGACUUGCUGAUCAGAAGGUCGGCGGUUCGAAUCCCCAUGACGGGGUGAGCUCCCGUUGCUCGGUCCCUGCUCCUGCCAACCUAGCAGUUUGAAAGCACGUCAGAGUGCAAGUAGAUAAAUAGGUACCACUCCGGUGGGAAGGUAAACGCCGUUUCCGUGUGCUGCUCUGGUUCGCCAGAAGGGGCUUAGUCAUGCUGGCCACAUGACCCAGAAGCUGUACGCCGGCUCCCUCGGCCAAUAAAGCGAGAUGAGCGCUGCGACCCCAGAGUCAGUCACGACUGGACCUAAUGGUCAGGGGUCCCUUUACCUUUACCGUACCACUGUAUUAUUAUUAUUAUUAUUAUUAUUAUUAUUUAUUCAAAGUCGGCACCAUUGCAUUCCUUCCUUGCUCGUCAUAACAGUAUUCAUGCCUUCUUUCCCAGGCAGUUCAGUGUCAGAGGUAAAGUGAAAAAGUAUGUGAGCCUUUCCAGGUCAGUCUGCAACGUCUGUUGGCCGAAACAGAUAAGAUGCACCACUGUGCUUGGCAAAAAUGCAUUGCCUUGGUUAAAACUCUGGUUGUGCCUGGUGGCUUUAAAACAACAACAGCAACACUGCAGUAGAAUGUUAUGUCAAGUAAACAAGGUCCCUUUGCCAUUGUUUCAAGAGAAGGUGGGGAUAAUCGACUUGUUCUGCUACAUUUAGCUAUGGGAAUAAAUUUCAAAGCAGUACAGAGCAACUGCGGAGUGAAUGCUGGCUCAGCUGAAAUGGACUUUCUCAAAUGUUGGGGGGGAAGGGAGGUCUUCUUCUCAUUGGUUGCCAGGUUUGGAGGCUUGUUGCUCUGGGGCUAUUACUGUUGCUAAGAGCCAGCUGAUUCCUUUGAAAAGAAAAUUGAAUGAACAUUUAAGACCCAACAGCUAAUGACUUGGAAACCGGAGAAAUGUUAGGGUCUGCAAGCUUUCCUUUCAUUGCGCCCUGGCAGCUGCGGUGACACAUCUGCUGCCAUCUUCCUCUCGUCUUUCUUAUUUAUAAUCUCCGAAAACAUUUCUCAUAUACACUACUGAAUGGCUUUCUAAUCCCUUGGCAUGGUGUGAAGAGGAUACAGAUGGGUUUACUUCUGAACUGAGACUUAAAAAUUGCCGUAGAUUUCUGGUUUUUGUUGGGGAUCACUGUUUACAAAUAUUAUGCUGAAAUAUACGUAAUAUUGCCGUGUUAAAAAGAUUAGGAUUUCAAUCCUAUACCCCAGUACCCCUGAUAGUAAGACUCAUUGAUCUCAGUUGGACCUGUUUUUGAGUUGAUAUUAUUUUGAGGAUUGUCUUGUUAAAGAUUCAGAAAAGCUAAUCUAGGACACAUUAAGCAAUUAAGGGAAGGAACAGCCACAGUAUUUCUAAACAAGGAGGUUGAGAGCUUUCCUCUUCAAUUCGACUCGCCAUGUUGAUUUUGGAAACUGAUCCUACCUUUCGCUCUUUUGAAUACGGUACAUUUGCCAUUACACUUUUGAUUCUCCUUUACUGCAAACCUACUGUUUCCAGUACCAUAUGUAGAAAUGCAAAUGACAAAGCCUACCCACAUGGUGAGAGCUUUUGUUGGAUUUGUUAGUUAUUGAAUUCCUACUGGAGUCCUGCUAAAGUUCCAAGAACAUCUGUGUAAAAGAGCUUUUCCUUUGGAUGGCUUUUGGUGUUCACAAAUCUUUCUGCUUAUUCACUCGCUAUGUUUUAGUGUUGCUUUAGAGUUUAUUGUUACUCAGUCUCUGGGACAAUGGUGCAAAUAAAUGCACAUGUAAAUGGAAAUUCUGAAGAAACCAAAGGGCUUCUUUACCAAUAUUGUUUCAUUUUUGUUAUGUGCAUGAAAAGGAAUUAAUAUAAAAAGUGUAUAUGUUCAGGUAUCUAUUUUACAUAGCUCUUUAUGUUUCAUCUUUUUCUGAGUGAGACUGCACUGUUUCCAAUAGAAUACAAUCAAAAACUUUCAUUCUACAUAUCCACAGGCUUUAAGGGGCUUUAAUCAUUCUACUUCUUACUUUACUGCUCAAAAUUUGAUUUCACUGAGAAUUGUAAGAACUCUUAUGCAUGGAAGUGAAAAUGUCUAGAAUUCCAACUUUUAUAAAAACAUCAAGCAAAAACAGAUAUACUUAAAAUAUAAUGGCCUUUUUUGGUUUUCAUCACCAAAUGGCUUUGCAGGAAGAGAAUUUAAAGAUCAGGCUACUCACAGGGGUUUCCUGUUCAGCAGCAUCUGCCAAAAGUAGUAAUAAAAAAGAUGUCAGAACACUUUUUGACUACUGUUUUAUGGUUAUAUCAUUCCUAAAUAACAGUUCAGUGUCAUAACAGCAGGUCAAACUACAAUGGCACAUCCUUGAUUGAAAGGCCCUAUCUUAGAUCAACUUAAACAUACCAAAAGAGUCUUUUGAGUCCUCACCAGAACUUUCCCUUGUUAUCUCUUUCCUCAGAAAUAUGUAGGCAUGCUAGUUUCAAAUGCUGCUCAGACAAGAGCUAGAUACUUUUGCUUUGAGCUGGGAAUGGUCCAUAGGGAUGUCCUCAUAUUUUAGUUGCAGGUUUGACAGCUAGAUUGUUCUGAGUGUCUAGAUUCUUGAUUCAAGACAUCAGGUGUUAUAAAUUUACCUUUUUGGUUGGAAAGUGAGUUGGUCAGCUGAGUUAAAAGCGUGAGAAGAAGGUGGCUGUCCCAAAUGGUAGUGAAUUGCAUUUCCCAAUUCAUUUUGGAAAAGGGAUAUGCUGUUGUCACACUUGCAUUGCACUGUUGCUUUCAAAUAUAUUUAUCUACACACAGCAAGUCAUUUCAGCUUUUGCUUAUUAAAGGGAAAAUAAAAUAGCACUUGUUCUGUGAAUAAUUUGGCUUCUAAUAACAAUCCUUUAGUUUGAGAGGAUGUCAGGCUUUGUCACUUAGCACGUGUGACGUACACCUGUUGUACAAAUUCCAACAAUGUAAGCGAUCUUUAUUGUGCUGAAUGAUACAAUUUGCUCAUAAUCACAGGUGAGAAGCCAUCUGAAUCAGGCUUAUAUUCAAGAAUUACUGAUUGGCUUCAAUCCAGAGUAGCUAUUUUGGUCGGUAGGCAGCAAUCCCACAUAUUACAGUAACCUUCUGUGACAUUUUUGCUUUGAUAACUCAUUCUGUCAGAAACAAGCCACUGCUUAGUUUUUAAAGUUUACUUCUUCAGCUCUUAGAUGAACUGCAGCACAAACAUAGGAAAAAUGCCCUUUCCCCCAAACUGGAUUUUGUAGCAUAAAAUAAACUCUGUCUAGAUGGACAAAGUCGUACGGUGAUUCACACUAAGUCCACAUGAAGAUAACGUGUCUUAACAGUGCUGAGUGCUCAAAAAACAUAUGGUAGACUUUUGAGACUUGCUGUACUUAUUGCAACCCACAAUCCCAAUUCCUGCUGGGUCUUCUUUUUGUAAUGACUGCUGAGUCAUGUAACUUGGUGGUCGUAAAAACUGGCAUGUGGAUCCGCAGGCUUUUCAUGGAGAUAGUGAACGAUAGUGGAUGAUCGUUAAAACACUUCAUUGAUGGCUAAUUCUGAAUUUCAGGCUUCUGGUGCACAGAUGAAGAAAAUCUUUUAAUCCAUUUAAAAUGCAAUUCCUUUGCCCUUUUGGGUGCUGAGGCCCUGCCACCACCUCUAAUCCAUCUUGUUCAGGCAGCAAGCCUCAUUCACUCAGCCUCCCUGUGAACAAUAUCACUUUUAUUGUAUCCUUCACUUUGUUGAAAUCAAUCAGUUGCAAAAAGCCGACCCUCCUGGUCUAUGAGUCACACAGCUUCUAUUCAGCUACUAUACUUCACCCACUGGGCUGCACUCCAGAAGUUCUUGCAAGCGCCUUUCUUUCCACUGACAUCCAGAAACUGUAGUUUAUCUUUCUUAAAAAACAAAUAUGAAAACAAGAGAAAAGAUUGUGUCUGGUUACACAGCUGCAUCAUCCUGAUAUAUCAAGUGUGUUCUUGUUAUACAAGAAUGGCAGGAGUUUUUUUGUUUCCAUUUUUAAGUGUAGGUUCCUUCCCCCCCCCCCCCUUCCUUGGAUUCAGAAGGCUGGAUGUUUAUGUGAUUCUGUUUUUGUCAUUCUUAAUUGUUGCCAGGACACUGGUGAUAUUAUCUGAGUUGCAAAUGCUAAUCAUAAGAAUGCACUCAGGCCCAAUGAAUUUAAUAGCCUCAAGCUGUUAACAAACAUAUAUGAGACUUAACAAAGUAGCCCUGGAAAUGACAGAAACAGCUGUGGAAUUUGCAGCAGUCAAGUUUUCCAUCUGGCUCUUUCUAUAGCUAAACACUGUGGACAGAUUGAGAAAGUAAUGAUCCACAAGAGGUGCACCCAUUUUGUGUGGGUUUGGACUGCUUGCUACAGUACAAAACACACACAUCCAAUGUAUGUUGUGUGAUUGAAAUUUAGAUCGCUUUAUGCCAGUAAAUUGUCACAAUCAUAGUCUUAGAUUUUUUUAUAUAUAUAUGGAGGAAAGUUACCGUUUAAAACACUGUCUAAAUGCACAUUUUAAAAAAUCUAGUUAAUACGUUUAUUGCUCUAGCUAAAGGCUAUGACAAACUUGUAGCAAUAGUAUUACUAAAAUAAUACAGAACACACAUCCGUUAUAUAAGCCAACAUUGGCUUAUAAGUAAAGAGAGACGAUACCAGAGACACCAACAAGCUUAAAUCUAGCUUGGUUUUAGAUUGAACCUUUGAAUCACCGCAACAACUUAGAGUGAUUUUUAUUAAACUCUUUUUUCUUGGUUAUUUUAUUUUAUUUUGCAGCCAGUGUGUAGAGUGGCAUUCCCUGUGUUACGAAGCUGCUGUUGUCUCUCAAAAGAAGCCAAACCAUUUAUGUUGGGUUGUACCUGCUUGCUUGUGUGAACCAAGGUUUCAGAAAGCGAUCUCUUGGGUCUCUAUCUAAGGGGCAGGCUAACGGGUAAUGAGUGAUGUCUUUCACCUGAGGCUGGCCGCAAAUAAAAAGUCUGUCUGCAUAUGGGACCUUGUUUUGGCAGCCAUCCAAGGCUUCAGUGGGCAUCACUUAGAAACACAUCGGAAUAAAGACAUUUCUUAAGGAAGCUGGUGAGAGUUUGGUUGGAUAACUAGCGCUAAAAUGCUCUGUUCUCAGGAAAGGAUACCAAGGGGAAAAUUUGUUGUUUCUAAUUAAUUGCAGAUCCUUUCUGUAUUCUGCCCAGAAGAGCCAAUCCCUUAGUUGGCACUUAUUCAAGGUCAAUGCAGAGCUCAGUUCUGGAAAAAUAAUAGUCUAAAAAUCUUGACAAGCUGCUUUUCAGAGUUGGUUAUCACCCACUUAAGUAUAGCACAGCACAGUAAAAUGCCCAAUUGACAUAGUAGCCAUUAUUUUAAUAUUUUUUUAACUGAGUGCAGUCUGCUCUUGCCUUAAUUGUUGGCCACCCAGAUUCUGUAUGAAGAUGAGUUGCUGAUAUUCCUGAUGGUAAGAGUAUAGCUUCCAAAAAAGUUAUUCUGCACAGUUUCCAAAGCUUUAAUCAGACCCCAGAUCUCAAUGCCAUAUAAAGCAUUAGAGUAAGCACUUUGCUACCAAAUAUAUUUAGGGCAGAUUCAAAAGGUUGACCUCCCUUAUUUUAAUAGAACUUCAUCAAUGUCCCUAUGGUUUUCUGUGCUUUGAUUUUCACUGGCUCCAUAUGAUUACAGUGGUACCUCGGGUUAAGUACUUAAUUCGUUCCGGAGGUCCGUUCUUAACCUGAAACUGUUCUUAACUUGAAGCACUGCUUUAGCUAAUGGGGCCUUCUGCCACCAUCGCGCCACUGGAGCACGAUUUCUGUUCUCAUCCUGAAGCAAAGUUCUUAACCCAAUGUACUAUUUCUGGGUUAGCGGAGUAUGUAACCUGAAGCGUAUGUAACCUGAAGCAUAUGUAACCCCAGGUACCUCUGUACUUCCAAGAGAGAGUUUCACCCAGAGUGUGCCCAGGUAUCUAAAUGAGCGAGUUUGGGGUUUUUUUUUAUUUUUGUGUGGGUUUUUUUGUAGCUUGCUGUACCAUUUAUAUCUAGGACUGUGUUUGCCAAAAACCAUUAUCUUGGUCUUAGAGUAAUUUAUAGAUAGGCUUUCCUGUUUACAGUAUGUACUGAACACCUCCAGGAGAUUUUUGAGGCCCAAUCAGGAAAGGGAGGAGCACUAAAUCAUCUGCAUACAUCUAGAUUGAGAUCUUUCUGUUCCUAAUUAUUGGAGAGGGGAAGUACGCGUUGGCUAAAUAUGACAGCAGAUCAUUAAUAUAAAAGUUUAAAAGAGUGGGAGUCAGAAUGCAGCCUUGCUUCACUCCUCAUGACAUUUUAAAGGCACCAGUCAUACCACCGUCUAAACUUCCUCUGACCCUCAUUUCUGUGCUGCCAUAUAGUUAGCUUUUGGAUUAAUAGCAGGUGUAUAGUCGAUGUUAGCAAUAUGAAAAUUCCCAAUUAAAAUUCUAUUCCAACCCAUGUGCCAAAUUUAUGUCAAACAGAUAAAAGAAAUGUAUUAAUUAGCACAUCCUGACGAUAUCAUUUUAGUCAUAUGCACUUCCUAGAACAGAGUAUAUAGUUUUGCCUGAGAUCAGACUGACAAGGAGAACAAAGAAUAGGAGGAUGGUGUCAGGGUGACAUAAGAGACUAGGCAAUGAUAAUUGCUUCACUAACGGGGGGAAAUGCUAUUAAGAUCCCCUGUAAUAUUCAGUCUGCAUUUGUAAAGUAAAUACAUCCCCUCGUUGUGUGUGUUCUGCUGCCGAGUGGAGGAAUUGUUUUAAUUUGUUUAGGGCUCAUCAAGAGCAUCUGUUCAAACAGGAACUAGAUCGGUGACUUUAUUGUCUAAUUAAAUGAAUUAAAUAAUUGUUCUACAAAGGGACUAAUUGGUUCCUGUCCAUUCUUUCAAGUGAUUUGCAUUGGGACCCCUGCCUACCCCCUACCCGCAAAUAAUCAACUACACAUAUACAGUGGUACCUUGGGUUAAGAACUUACCGUAUUUUUUGCUCUAUAAGACUCACUUUUUCCCUCCUAAAAAGUAAGAGGAAAUGUGUGUGCGUCUAAUGGAGCAAAUGCAGGCUGCGCAGCUAUCCCAGAAGCCAGAACAGUAAGAGGGAUCCUUGCUUUCGCUGCGCAGCGAUCCCUCUUGCUGUUCUGGCUUCUGGGAUUCAGAAUAUAUUUUUUCUUGUUAAUCCUCCUCCAAAAACUGGGUGCGUCUUAUGGUCUGGUGCGUCUUAUAGAGCGAAAAAUUCGGUAAUUCGUUCUGGAGGUCUGUUCUUAACCUGAAGCACCAUUUUAGCUAAUGGGGCCUCCUGCUGCUGCUGCACCGCCGCCGCACGAUUUCUGUUCUCAUCCUGAAGCAAAGUUCUUAACCCGAGGUAAUAUUUCUGGGUUAGUGGAGUCUGUAACCUGAAGCGUAUGUAACCUGAGGUACCACUGUACACUGAUCCAAUGAAAUGAUUUUGGAGUCCUUGUGGAGUGUUCAAUGAAAAAAUAACACCUCAUGUAGCAGCAACAGAAAAGUCCAUGCUUGGGAAUAAACAACAACAACAAUCGUUUUGCAACCCUUACAACAAGUCUGUAAGGCAAGUCAGUAUUAUUAUUUCCUAAAUUCCAGAUGGGAGGACUGAGGCUUAGGAGGGAUUGCCUAAGACCAAUUGGGUUCAUGGCAGAGGUGGGAUUCAAACCAGGGACUUACCGAUUUAUCACUCAGUCUCUUAGCCCUGCAUAUGGGAUAUUGCAUAUGGGAUAUUGUGUAUAGCAAGGGGUUGUCAAUGUGACCCUCUUCAGAUGCUCUUGGACCACAACUCGUAUCAUCGUCCAACAACAUCUGGAGGUUCCUGUUGGCUAUCCCUGAUUACGUCUAUCAGGAUUUCCCAAACUUGGGUCUCCAGCUGUUUUUGGACUAUAGCUCCCAUCAUCCCCAGUUAGCAGGACCUGUGGUCAGGGAUGAUGGGACUUGUAGUCCCAAAACAACUGGAGACUGAAGUUUGGGGAACCCUGAUGUAUACUAUACACUGUAUAGGGUCACCCUACGUUAAUAGGUGAUCAGCCAUAAAAGGUGUAGGAAAAAGAGAGCUAAAAUAGUCAAAGGGGUGUUGCACCUUCCAUAUGAGCCAAAUAUCAAACCUUUAGAGCUUAAAAAAAAAUCAUUAUUUUUAAAUGAUAUGGAGAGAGAAGACAAUGCAGGUCUAUAAAAUAUUGGAGAGAAAGUAGCUAGAUUCCCCGACGUUCCUUGUUCUCAUUACAUUAGGAUUAGAGGACAGCCAGUGAAAAUUAGUUGGCAAAAAGUCCUUCUUCAGGCAAGGCAUACUUAGCAUGGAAUUCAGGGCCUCGAGAUGCAGAGGUGGCUGCUGGCUUAGAUGAGGUGGUCAUUGCUAAAAAACCUCUUUGAAUGUCAAUUUCUGGGGGAUAAGCAAUAGGUUUAUUGCCAUCAUUCUCACUGCCUGAGGCAUCCCAGAAUCAGCUGGCUGGCCAUUGUGGGAAACAAUAUGCUGCUCUAGAAUAAGCCCUCAGUUCGUUGCUGCAGGGCUCUACUUCAGGAAAACACAGCUGUGGCUGGACUUCUGUGUCAGAUGUUGGUGAUUAGAGCUGACCACAUACUACAGAAUGUGGGUGGGUAGCAUAUGGUUAUCCUGGUUGCUUAAAAAUCCUCCUUCCUUCAUUUUCUUACUUCGACUAUAGGUUAGAUGUUUGUUCGUUUUGUUGUCUUUUGUGGUUCAUCACUUGUCUUUGGAAGACGCUCAGUUUCAUUUUGCAUAUUCGUUAUGAUAAACUAAAGGAAAUCUUGCCGGGUGGUGGCUGCUCUUUGCUUCUUUUUACUGUUUGUGUACAUGCACAAAGAGCAGUCAUAACUGAGGCUUCCUGCAAAAAACUGUUACAUGGAUAAAAUUAUUUGCACGCCCACUGGUGCACAUGCACUAACAGAUACUUUCCCAGGGCCCCAGUAGCCACGUGGAAAGAAUGCUGAUGGAGGCAGUUCUGGGAAAGCAAAGCUUGAUCCUGGCUUUCAGCAGGAGGACUGGAGGAGCAACAACAUGGCCACAGUCUCCUCUUUGAGAACCCACAUGUUUGCACUAAGCCAUAGUUUGGUUUAACUUUACAUGCAAACCAGCUCAAUGGUUCACCUCUUUUCAUAUCGCCAAAUCGUAUGGAUAAAGCUACAACCAGGGAAACCACACAGCGCUCUCAGCUUUUACGAGCCCUCCUGCUACAUUCUGAGUGAGAUAGAAUCGUAGAGUUGGACGGGAUCACAAGGGUCAUCUAGUCCAUACCCUUGCAAUUCAGGAAUCUUUUGCCCAGUGUGAGGCUCUAACCCACAACCCUGUUCUAAAGUGACCAGAGACCCAGUGUAGGGCCUUUUCAGUUAUAGCACCCCACUUUGACACAUGCUGGAAAGCUGCUCUGGUGCUGUCUGUGUAAUAUUUUCAGUCUUUUGCUAUCUCUUAGCUUUAGUCUGGCAUUGUUGUUUUUCUGGUGUUCAUAGGAGUUGCUUUUGUUUUGUUUUAUUGUGUUUUAUUGAUAUUUUAUUUACUUCAACAUACAAGCUGUGAUGGUGGUUGUUUUUAAUAUAAAACAAAGCCUAUGAACUUUUGAAAGCGAACAUGGCUGCCCUCUUGUUUAUACAGUCAUACCUCGGGUUGCAAACGUGAUCCGUGCGGGAGGCACAUUCGCAAGCUGCCGCAAUUCAGCGCUUAUGUGUGUGACAUCAUUUUGUGUUUUUUCGCAUGCACGAGCGCCGAAACCCAAAAGUAACCCGUUCCGGUACUUCUGGGUUCGGUGCAGUCCUCGACUCGAAAAUACGCAACCCUCAGCGUUCGUAACCCGAGGUAUGACAGUAUAGCGUAUGCUCCUCUUAAUGCUAAACAGCAUUUUCUGUCCUUGCCAUAAGGUAGGGUCCCUGUUGUUUAUAAGAAAAGUAGGGAAGCAGUUGAGGAUGAAGAUAAACUGAAAAAGUCUUCAUUGGGGCCUGUUCAGACUGCUGCCAAAAAUACAAGGCGCAAAAUCUCCCAAUGUGAGUUUGAAGAGCUGGGGAAAGGGCCAAAGCUGCAUAGUUGUAGGCAGAGGAGGAUCUAGAAUAGGUCCAAAAUCCAUUCUCUUGGCACAUAUAAACAUAGAGUUUUACGGGUGCUUAGAAUAUUGGCAGGAGUUAUUCUCCUAUACACCAAACUCAUGUUGUUUCAAUUUUAUAAAGCUUGUAUUUAUUUGUUCGCACCUGUGUCCUGUUUUCAUAACAGGGAGGGGGUGAAAAACUGUACUGACACAGACUGCAAAUUCUUCCCACUCUCCUGGGUUUCUUGUUGGAGUUGUAUCUGAGCAGGGCUACUAAGUUGAUACAGAAUCACCUAGCUAACAAAUCUGUUCACUAGUUUUUCUUUUGACAAGCGAAAGGAGGAAACGAAACAGAUUUUUCUCCCCAAAAAAGAAAACCCAGCAAGAUAAAAGCCAUAACAAAUCAAUACCAUGAACAGUUCAGACUGAAACUCCCCAUUGCAGAACUGUUGUGCCAGCAACAUACAGUGGUACCUCCGCUUCAGGUUACAGACCCAGAAAUAAUACCUCUGGUUAAGAACUUUGCUUCAGGAUGAGAACAGAAAUCGCGCAGCAGCGGGAGGCCCCAUUAGCUAAAGUGAUAAGGUAAAGGGACCCCUGACCAUUAGGUCCAGUCGUGGCCGACUCUGGGGUUGCGGCGCUCAUCUCACUUUAUUGGCCAAGGGAGCCGGCGUACAGCUUCCGGGUCAUGUGGCCAGCAUGACUAAGCUGCUUCUGGUGAACCAGAGCAGCACACGGAAACGCCAUUUACCUUCCUGCCGGAGCGGUGCCUAUUUAUCUACUUACACUUUGAGGUGCUUUCAAACUGCUAAGUUGACAGGAGCAGGGACUGAGGAACAGGAGCUCACCCCGUCGUGGGGAUUCGAACCGCCGACCUUCUGAUCAGCAAGUCCUAGGCUCUGUGGUUUAACCCACAGCGCCACCCGCAUCCCUUAGCUAAAGUGGUACUUCAGGUUAAGAACAGUUUCAGGUUAAGAACGGACCUCCGGAAUGAAUUAAGUUCUUAACCCAAGGUACCACUGUACUAUACAAGACUUUGGGGGAUUAUGACAAAUGAUGUGGCUGUGUAACCACUGUACAGUAAAUGCAUUUCUUCGCUGUUCCAACCAAAUGCAGUUAUACCUUGGAGGUCGAACGGAAUCGGUUCUGGGAGCCCGUUCGACUUCCAAAACGUUUGGAAGCCGAAGGUCCUGUAGCCAAUCGGAAGCCCUGUUAGACGUUCGGGUUCCAAAGAACGUCCACAAACCAGAACACUCACUUCCAGGUUUGCGGUGUUCAGGAGCCAAAACAUCCGAGUAACAAGGCGUUUGGGAUUCAAGGUACGACUGUAUGAGGAACUACAAGGAAAGCUGAAAAGCAGUCACUUGAAGGGGCCCCUUACUGCUGUUCCCGCCCUUAGCAUCACGUAUGCCACUAGCCCUGCCCACUGGGCACCUAUAACAACAACAACAAAAUAAAUAAAUAAAUAAUUUUUUAUUUGUAUCCUGCCUGCCCUCUUCGGCCGAGGCCGGGCUCAGAGCGGCUAACAUCAUAAAAACAACAUGAAACAUAACUUUAAAAUAUAAUAAUGAUAAUAAUAAUAAUAAUUAAUAAUAAUAAUAAUAUCCCGCCCUCCCCAGCCGAAGCCGGGCUCAGAGCGGCUAACAUCAAAUGUAUAACACAUUAACAUAAAAUCAGACAAUCAAUUAAAAUACAUCCUCAAAUCAGAUCAGGAUCAGAAUAAAAUCCAAUCAGAUGGAAACCCGCAGAUUAGGGUUGGGGACCUUAAAUGCUCACCAGGUCCAACUGUUUGCAACCUACAUCACAAAAGUAACAUUCAACAAUCAUUAGGUCCAGUCGUGGCCGAUUCUGGGGUUGCGGCGCUCAUCUUGCUUUAUUGGCCAAGGGAGCUGGCGUACAGCUUCCGGGUCAUGUGGCCAGCAGAACUAAGCCGCUUGUGGCGAACCAGAGCAGCACACGGAAACGCCGUUUUCCUUCCCGCUGGAGCGGUACCUAUUUAUCUACUUGCACUUUGACGUGCUUUCGAACUGCUAGGUUGGCAGGAGCAGGUACCGAGCAAUGGGAGCUCACUCCAUCGCGGGGAUUCGAACCCCCAACGUUCUAAUUGGCAAGUCCUAGGCUCUGUGGUUUAACCCACAGCGCCACCCGCGUCCCUUCAACAAUCAUUAGGAUAGUAUAAAAUAUUAAUAAUAUCAACAUAUAAAAGUUAAACAGAAAUCCACUCAACAGUUACAAUAAAUAAUUUCUAAACUAUAAUCAAUAAAACAAUGGCAAGCCACAGUACAUAAAAUAAUACAAUACACAUUGAGAAGCAGAGACUAGAGGGUGGGACAAGGCAAGUGGAAGGAAGCCUUGCCUGAUGGAGUCUCUCCCCUCGCAGUUCUUCCUCCAGGAACAGCUCUCUUAUGAGUACUCCUAGGACUCCUCUGCAUUUCCUUUCUCCCUGCAUCUGCUCAGAUAUAGGCUUCCUCUGCACAGGCAGAAAUCCAUGCCAACAGAUGGACAUAUGGGGGCUAAGCCCCGCUCCUCAGUCACUGGGUAAAGCUCCUCCAUGCAAUUGAUGUAUGAAUAAAGAUAAUUAUUUGAGAGAAAAUAAUUCAAUAAGACAUCGUUCUGCUAACAGGAAAGCUAUUUAGUAAAAGGGGUGCCAAAAAAACCUGUUGCAAAAAUACAGUACUGGAAAUAACCCAGAGCAGAGGAGACCCAUUUUAAGCAUUAAUAGAAUAGAGAAAUAGGGCAUGAUAUGUCUGUCCAAAAAUGGAAACUAAUAUUCUAGCAGAAGAUGAAUUUCCAUCGCGUUUAAAUUUAAAAGUGCUUCCAUAUAACAUUCUUUAUACAAUGCUAUAGAAACAAAGUAGAAUCCACAAAGUUAAUGCAUUUAUUUAUUGGGAAUGGGCCGUGCAUAUAAUUUGUGUUGCGCUUAUCUGGUGGAAUUGUCUAAAGAUGGGCAAAGUGCUUAUAGAAGAAUCAGCUGGACAAAGGCUUCAAAAAGAAACAAAAAUAAUCUUGGUAAGUAUUAGGUAAGCUAUAAAUGCCAAAGAGUGUUUUUGAUGAGCUUAAUGGUAGCAACCACAAUCACCUGUGCCGGAAAUUGGAAAAGUGAGUGCAGUUGCAGAAUUAAAGGAGAAGGUGGCCCAGGGUUUGGUAGGUUACCGAAAACUAACUUUCAUAGCAUUGGUUGAAAAAUUGUAAUGUAUUAGAAAUACGGUGAAAUGUAGUCAACACUUCUCAGCAUUUGGAAUGAAAUAUAUUUUAUGACAAUUUCAUGGUAAAUAUCUUAAUUCAAAAACAACUAAAGCUAUUGAACAAAGGAGGCUGCCUUGUACCCAGUCUCAUUAUUAUUGUUAGUACAGUGGUACCUCAGGUUACAUACACUUCAGGUUACAGACUCUGCUAACCCAGAAAUAGUACCUCGGGUUAAGAACUUUGCUUCAGGAUGAGAACAGAAAUCGUGCUUCGGCGGCAGCAGGAGGCCCCAUUAGCUAAAGCGGUGCUUCAGGUUAAGAACGGACCUCUGGAACGAAUUAAGUACUUAACCCGAGGUACCACUGUAUUGUUCACAAUGAUUGGCUGAUGCACUUCUAUGGGGAGGGCAUUCUUGAGCAGCUGUCACAGAGAAUGCUGUCUCCUGGGCUGCCAACCUUCAACUUCUGAAAGCUGUGGAACUCCUAAGAGUAGCCCCUCUGCUGAUUUAGCACCUUGCAGUGUGCAGGAUCAGUCUCUAAGAUACAAUCCUAGCCAGUAAUAGAAGCUCCCUUCACUCUUCUGGGUAUGUGGUUCCUUCCAUAGCACAGAGGGGACUAGAUGGAGUCUUAGUCUUGCCUGUGGAAGGAGUCCUAGCAGCUGUGCUGGGUUUGCCGUUCACAGAUAGAUGCCGCUGUAGAAGUUCCCAUGACUCCUCUUAUUCCUGGUUUUAGGGCAGACUCAGUGCUAGGCUUCUUCCUGCAAUGAGUCGCCUUCCCAAACUCACAGGAUACUACAACCCAAGAGGGUGUGUAGGGAGAGAGGUGGUCUUCAUAACUACAGUCAUACCUCGGGUUGAAGUAGCUUCAGGUUGAGUGUUUUCGGGUUGCGCUCUGCGGCGAUCUGGAAGUAACGGAGCGUGUUACUUCCGGGUUUCGCCUCUCGCGCAUGCGCAGACGCUCAAAAUGACGUCACGUGCAGACGUGGGUUGCGUUCGCUUCAGGAUGAGAACGGGGCUCCGGAACAGAUCCCGUUCGCAUCCAGAGGUACCACUGCACAGGCAUAACAUUAUUUCUAACUGGUUGCAAUGGAACUAGCAACACUUAGCCACCCUUGGUUUAUAUAACAUAUUUUAUAUGAUUCCUCCCCCCCUCCCCAUUUGCUAAUUUUUGCUGUGCGGAUGACUUUUUUAUUAUUUCCUGUUUCAGUGACCUUGAAUAAGAAUUUAAAAAGAAUAAAGUAAACACAAGCAAUGUAGUCUUGCUGGUGCUUGCAGAUCUUUUGUUAUUUGCCUGGAAAAUUAACCAUUGUCUUAUGUUAGGUGCUUCUCAUUAAAUUGGUGGCGAUAACAGCUAUAUCUCCUAUCUACCCUAUUUUUAGGUGUUCGAAAUCUUAUUUCCCUUUAAAGCAACUUUUCUUCCUGUUUAUUAUAGUUCUUGAAUGGAAACCCCUGUGUUCAUUCCUUUCUCCCAAAUAUGACAUAAAACUGUGGAACGAAUGUUUUAGAAUUUGCUCCGUCCUUGAGGAAAUAAUUUGUAAAGGGUAAUUUUCGUGUUGACCCCCCAGAAACAGGGCAAAAGCAGAAACAAAAGAGAAGAGAUUGUAUAUCAUGUCUGAAAACUUGGCAUAUGCUGAAAGAUAAGUUUGCCCUCUGGGCAGUUUUUUUUUUAAUGGAAGAACAAAGAGUGUCCAAAGAAAACAUAAGCUCCCUGAUUUACUCAGUUCCAAGAUUUUGAAGAUAUCAUUAUAUGGAAAGUAUGCUGGUGCGUUCCAGCUGCUAGUGUCGAGAGAUAUACAUAUUCCCCUGCAUUUUGUGGUGUUAAGCUCAGGGUUGUAACUGAAAGAUGGACUAAUUAGAUCAAAUAGAUAUCACUUUGUGUCUUGUUUUUUUACAAUAUGAACGUGUUCUUCUUUGUUUAUUUGAAACUCACUUUCGUAGGACCUCUUUCCCCCAUCCAAGACAUGAGUUACUUUCAGCCAACUAUGUGUGAAAUCCUUAUUUUGUAAAGCAGCCGACACACAUCCAUGCCCAACACAUAUUUUAUCUCUCUAAAUCAGGCAUAGGAAAACUCAGCCCUACAAUUCCCAUCAUCUCUGGCCACUGGUCCUGUUAGCUAGGGAUGAUGGGAGUUGUAGUCCCAAAACAUCUGGAGGGCUCAGUUUGCCUAUGCCUGCUCUAAAUGCUUCAGUAUUCAAGUUUGUGAAAUGAUGGGUUGUUGCGGUUGCUGAACUCUUCACAACAUGCAUCACUGUGCACCAACAUGUUGUGUGGGGUGUUGUUGCAAUUGUAGACAAGUGGUCAUAUAGAUAGACGUGGACAGAAUUUCCAUAGGUUUCAUUCGGCUCACUCUAGAUUAUUUAAACCAGAAUUAUGUAAACUUUUUCAGAUACGAGAAGUAUUAAGAUUGUCUAAUUUUUUUGCUCGAGGGGCCAUAUGUGAACUAUUCUAGUCACAGAACUAUGUGCAAUGUUUUUAUCUCCUUGCAUUUAUUAUGCAAGUGUGAGUAUAUUUACAUCCAUUUUAAAGCAAGAGACCUUGAAGACUCUUUCUCAACACACUGAACUUUCCAAAGCUCAGUAGGUAUUUGGAGAGGGAAAUGCUGUUUUAGUAGCAGUAAACAAAGGCAUUCUUCAGUUGACAGCUGCUGUGAUUAACUAAUUAUCAUCAAGUGUUUAACUAAUUAUCAGUAGUGUUGGCUAGGCUUUAUUGUGAUUCAACACUGGAGCAAUUAAUUAUUUUAUACCACCUGAGCAAAGUGACAUUUGUUCAUGUUACCAUAAAAGGUAACAGGCUUUCAGUUUUAUUCAGGCUGAGUGUUAAAUUCUUACUGAAAUUUGAUUGCAGUCAAACCUCGGGUUACAGCCGCUUCAGGUUGUAUUUUUUUGGGUUGCGGACUGCUGAAACCCGGAAGUACCAGAACGGGCAGUCGCGCAUGCGCAGAAGCGCUAAAUUGCACUUUGUGCAUGCACAGAAGCACCGAAUCGCAACCAGUGCGUGCACAGAAGUGGCGCUGCGGGUUGCAAAUGUGAAUCCUGCACUGAUCACAUUCGCAACCCGAGUGUUCACUGUAUUUGUUUACAAAACAGGCUUCAUUUUCUUUGAAGAAUACUCUUUUGAUUAGAGCAAGGCGGACUGAGAAAUAUAUACAUAUAGCAAAGUUGGUAGCAAAGUUUUUUGUUUUAAGAUCAUUGAAAUGCUGACCUGAAAUAGUAAUCUCUAUACUAACGAGUCUAAUUUGUUUCAUCAACAGGGACCUGCGGUUUAAUAGGAUUAAAGAAAUCCAGCCUGGUGCAUUUAGACGGCUUAAGAAUCUGAACACCUUGUAAGUUUUAUCCCUCAUAAAACCUACUUUCCUUUUGUAAACAGUUUAACAAUUUAUUAUAAUAUUUACAGCUGGGGUGGGGAACCUGUGGCCCCCCAGAUACUACUAGACUCCCAUCAAAAAGUUUAGGUGAUACACCCAGUUAGAAAUUUCAAUAGAAGCCAAAUUGGUUGGUGUUACCUUGUGACUGGACACAAAAAGCCAUUCUAGCCUUCAGGUGGUAGAAAGUCAGUCAUCUUCUAGUUUUAAGAUUGUGUUCUGGAACAGUAAAUUCAGUAUUCUCAAGCUGAACACACACACACACACACACAAACACACAAACACACACUGGGGGGUAGGGAGAGAGAGAGAGCACACAAAGGACAUCAUGCUGGUCCUUAAGAAAAAAAUCCACAAUCUAUAAGCGGGCAAUACCUUGAUUAGGUUCAACAACACCAACAAAAAUAAACUAAACAUUUGGACAAACUCCCUGACAGUAUGAGCUGUUUGACAUUCAACACACUACCUCACAAGGUGCUUGGCUAUCCUUUAAUAGAGGCUGUUAAGUAAAUGCUGGAUUGCAACCCAAGAGAGAUGCUGUUUUAGUUUAGUGAAUCCUUGCAUUGGCAGCAGAUUGGAAUAGAAUAUCUUCGAAGUUUCUUCCAAUCGUGUGAUUCCAUGAAAAUGUCACACAGUAGUGAGUAAGCUGUCAGUUGCCUGCUUCGGUCUGGUUUGUAGGAGAACUUCUUAAAUUUAUUUCAAAUUGCUGAAUGUUAUUGCAGUGCAUGAUGAUGAACGAUCUUUUCCUUUCUCAAUAAUUUAAACAGCUGUCUCAGUUGAACCCAGACAGUUUAGAAAGAUUUUGAAAAGGAUAAUGAAAUUCAACUAACAGUUGUAAGAAAUCACUUUAAGCUCAUUUUGAUUUUGUUUCUGUGUGGUGCAGUUGCAAUUUCUCAGAAAAAUGUACUCUGAGGGAGGAAAAAAAGUAAACAACUAUUUUCAUCUAUUUUCUAGACUUCUGAACAACAAUCACAUUAAAAGAAUACCUACUGGAGCAUUUGAAGACCUUGAAAAUCUAAAAUAUCUGUAAGUUGAAAUGCUUUUAUAAAGAAAGUAGGUACGAUGUAUGUGUUGCACAGUAAGCAAAAAAUGCUAUUUUUUCAUCUCUAAUGUGUUUAGAAAGUUGAUAGGAUUAUGAAAAUGAUAGCAGUGUCUGUGCUACUUAUUUCACUUCAUCCAAGACUAACUAUUAAACACCUCAGUUUAUUAGUAUUAAGAAACAAUUGCUAUGAACUUCAAAAAUAUAUUUUACACAUAGAAUUUUCAGUGCACCAUAACAGCGCAAGACACAACACACCAACCAACAGGUGUUAAGAAAGUACUUAAUUUUAAUGUUAGUGUGGCUAUCGCAGCAUCACAUACCAUGUCAUUGUGCUGGCAUCUGCAUGUGCAUUUUAAAGCUUUAUGGUAUUUCAGUCAGUUGUGUGUAAGAGAUGCAAAGUCUCCAUUUGUGGCAUGAUUAUAAGUAAGAAAUCUAGAUUAUUGUAGUGUUCCUGGAAUACCAAAGAAGCGUGGGGAUCUUCAAUUUUUUUCAGUGUGAAUGCUAAAUUUUAUGUCCUGUAAAGUGUUGCCUGAUUCAAGCUGAUAACUUUAUGGUUCAGUAUGUAUUUUUCUUAGCCAACAUGUUUCAGCCUUGGGUGAUAUUUGUCUUCCCAUUGUGAGUAGUUGUGAGAAAAUACCAGGUUACACAGAAUUCCAUUUGAGGAUUGUUGACAAGUUGUGGAGUCUUACUUUCCAUAUUUUGUGUGUGUGCUUUAGCCUCCAUUUGGGUUGUUGUUGUUUUGUUUUGGGUUUUGGGUUUUUGUGUGAGUUUGGGGUUAGAAAUCUGCAUCAACCAUGGUGUAUCUUCAUACAGACAAUAUUGUCAGAGCAUAUAUAAAAAUCGGAGUUUCACAACAAUUUGCAUGCUAAAUAGAGACCCAGAUAUAUGCUAAUAGAAUCUUUGUUAAACUAUUACAAAAUAUAAGCAAAAUGAAAAUGUCACAUGCGCAUAUGAAAUCCUUAAUAACAAUUAAUACUGUGGACCACCAACUACUUAGCACCUGUAAAAAUUCUCUUUCGGUGAUGAAUCUUUCAAAUUCAGGCAAGUGUUGAGCAGUCCUAAUUCCUUAAGAAAAGAAUUGGGUUGAAUUGUGUAUUUUUAGAAUUGUGUAUUAUUUAGAAGACAUCUGAAGGCAGCCCUGUUUAGGGAAGCUUUUAAUGUUUGAUAGACUAUUGUGCUUUAAUAUUUUGUUGGAAGCCGCCCAGAGUGGCUGGGGAAACCCAGGCAGAUGGGCGGGGUAUACAUUUAUUAUUAUUAUUAUUAUUAUUAUUAUUAUUAAUUUUAUUUUAUUUUAGUUUUAUUUAUUUUAAUUUAAUUUUAAUUUUAAUUAUACAUGUGUUAAAGCACUUUGGUUUAUUUAAUACAGUUGCACAGCAGAGAGAUACCUUGAAGCAUUUUCUUAAAUAUAAUACACACGAUAGUAUUGUGAAUAUUCAUAAUUCACAAAUACAUUACUAACAUCUGCACUGAAGAGAACAGUAGGUGUAAAUGUGAUGACCAAAAAAAUCCAACAAAUUAUGAUUUCAGAAAGAAUUUGACAGAUUCUAAUUCUUUCAAUAGUGUGUGCAGUACUGAUAAACCAGCAUUGUGAAUAGAAGUCAAAGCGGGAAAGGGCUCAUAAUGAGGCUAUAGAGUAGGACUAGGGAACUUGCACCUGGGAAACUGUAUGCGGCCCUUGGAGGCUUCACAUCUGGGGCUUCUCCUCCUUGUCCUAAUUUCCUCCUAGUCUUCUGGAGGAAUUGCAGCUGCUGACACCCACCCCAGAUCCAGGACCCCGAUGUGAGUGUAGAAGCGUAAACUUUUCCCCUGCACUGCAGUCCCAGUCCAGACUGGGCCUGCCGCACCUGCGAUUUGCAUUGCCCAAAUAAUAAUAAUAAUAAUAAUAAUAAUAAUAAUAAUAAUAAUUUAUUAAUACCCCGCCCAUCUGGCUGAGUUUCCCCAGCCACUCUGGGCAGCUCCCAAUCGAGUGUUAAAAACAAUACAGCAUUAAAUAUUAAAAACUUCCCUAAACAGGGCUGCCUUCAGAUGUCUUUUAAAAAGAAGAUAGCUGCUUAUUUCCUUCACCUCUGAAGGGAGGGCGUUCCACAGGGCGGGCGCCACUACCGAGGCCCUCGGCGCUGGAUCUGUGUCCGGGCUGAACGAUGGAGGUGGAGACGCUCCUUCAGGUAUACAGGACCGAGGCCGUUUAGGGCUUUAAAAGUCAGCACCAACACUUUGAAUUGUGCUCGGAAAUGUACUGGGAGCCAAUUCAGAUCUCUCAGGACCUGUGUUAUGUGGUCACGGCGGCCACUCCCAGUCACCAGUCUAGCUGCCGCAUUCUGAAUUAAUUGCAGUUUCCGGGUCACCUUCAAAGGUAGCCCCACGUAGAGCGCAUUGCAGUAGUCCAGGCGAGAGAUAACUAGAGCAUGCACCACUCUGGCAAGACAGUCCGCAGGCAGGUAGGGUCUCAGCCUGCGUACCAGGUGGAGUUGGUAGACAGCUGCCCUGGACACACAGAAUUAACCUGCGCCUCCAUGGACAGCUGUGAGUCCAAAAUGACCCUCAGGCUGCACAGCUGGUCCUUCAGGGGCACAGUUACCCCAUUCAGGACCAGGGAGUCCCCCACACCCACCCACCCCCUGUCCCCCCAAAAACAGUACUUCAGUCUUGUCAGGAUUCAACCUCAAUCUAUUAUUUUGAUGGGAAACUUUCUUUGGCAACACGGAUUUCUGUUUCUGGGGGGCCACGGGAUCACAAGGGCAAAGACAGAGUCCCUUAAUGUCUCCUAGGGAUGCCCUGGUCCAGUUUGGGUCCCUGGCACUUGCAGUUUGCAACACACACACACACACACACACACACACACACGUGCACACACAAGCUGCAGAUAUGGGAGGCCUGAUCCAGAUCCAGAACACAGUGAGGGGCAAAGGCUUAAAGUCCCUUCUACCUCUAUGUCGGGGGCUUGAUCCAGAGAGCGUUUUCCUGAUGGUUGGCAUUUGUAUUGUGGUGGGGGAGGAACUCCCAUUGAAAUCAAUGGGAGGUUUUGCUCUAAUGCAGGUUGUAGUGAAGGCUGUGUUUGUGUAUGGAUGACUGAAUGGAUAGAUGUACAUAUCUGUGUCUGUGAAGAAGAAUAAAUGGUGGCAGAUGGGUGGAGAGAUGAGCAGUGUGUGUUUAUGUGAGUGUGACUGGAUAGAUAGGAGUCAGGUGUGUAUGAGAGUUUGGGUGACCAUACCCACCUCCCACCUCCCCCUUAUACAACAAUAAGUCACAUUUAAUGAAAUAGCUGAAAUCUGCAAGCUGAAAUUAUUGCAUUCCUGGUUAUUUAUGGCAAGAAUGGGGAACCUCCCAUUGAGGAGAGGACUACAUUCCUUUACAAAUAGUGGGUUGCAAGCUACUUGUGGGAAAUUGUUAAAUAACGUAAUUUGUCUACUGGAGGUAUAAAUCAAAAGAAACAGACCAUGUACGUUCCUCGUAGUGUUGUAAGAACAUUCCAAUGUUUUAGUACAGGGGUGGCCAACUCCCAAGAGACUGCGAUCUACUCACAGAAUUAAAAACUGCCAGUGAUCUACCGAUCUACCACCUUUCUGGGGAUGCAGGGCAAAGUUGUUGAGCUUUUCUUAGGGGUGGGACCAGAAAGGGACCUGGCAAUCGACCGCAAUCUACCAAAACCUCCCGGGGGUCUACCAGUAUAUUGCGAUCUAACUGUUGGACAUCCCUGUUUUAGUAGAUGGGGGAAAUAAAUUGUGUAUUGUGUUCUAAGGCACAAGGUACCUUUGACACCCUGAUUACUCUUCUUGAAUGGUAGCAGUUCCGUGAAACAAGAAAUAUUUGUGUAUUAAUAUACUCAUAGCACCCAUAAUGUUGCUAGUUAAAUAUUAGAAGAACGGUGAACUGGCAGAGGUUUGGCUUCCUCUGUGAACUAACAAAGAAACUAGUACAAAUAGGAUUAUCGUACCGGUCAGUUGACUGCCUGUUAUUUGACCCUGGUCAAUUAUCCAAUGAAGCUAAGGUUGCAACUGUGAAGAUGGCAGUUUAUAUUUUCCCCCUUAGCCCUGUGGCAGUCAGUGUCAGAUCUAGAAACAGAGGGUAGUUUCUCCUGCGGGUUACUGUCCAUAAGAUAUCCAUAAGCAGUUAUUAGUGACAAAGAUCAUUGCAUAGGACUAGCCAUCGCUUUGUUUUCCUUGCUAUGACCUAACUGACCUGUAAAAUUUGUUUGAUUGAUAGAACUUGAAAACACUAGGAAACAUGUAGCUGUUGAAAGGCCUAAGGACACAGCUGAACGACUCAAGGUUCUGUUGCAAAUGAGACUUUUAAAGUUCUGUGAUCAGGAAAUUUAAAAUAUUUUUGAUUGUUGAACUGAUAGUGACCCAACUCAUAGGGCUGUUCUUAUCACAAGUAAGAUAAAGUAUGUUGCUAAUUUAGUAUGUUGUAGAAAUGAUAAAGUGCAAUUUUUCUAGAAAAAGAAGUGCCAGAAAUCAUCAUGAAUGCCUCCCUUUUUCUCUUAUAAUGGUAAUGGCACCCACCUGAGAUGUGCUGGAACUGAGUUCCAGUGAGUUCCAGCUGGGGGGAAAAGCCCUGGCUAGGGCUUUAUGCAUGGUAACUGUUCUCUCUUGAGCAAUAUCCUAAAGAGUACAGAGACAAGACAAGGCUUUGGUGGUACCCUGGACAGCUCUGUGAAGGGCUCAGCCUGGAGACUCCAUAAGAACAGAACUCAGGUGUUGGUUCGGCAGCUGUCAUUCUUAGAUGGAGGCUUAAAUAGGAGCUACUGCUGUAUCCCAGUUGCCUGAAGAGAAAAGCCCCUUCAGUUAAAUGCUUAAUUAACUAUCUUAAGACAGAAGCAUUUUAAUAACCUGCCUAAGAGAAGAGGGAGAUUGAAAAACACAUGCUGUGCCCCACCUCAAAAGCACACUGUGAGUGUAUUGAAAGUGUUCAAGAAGCAAGACACAAGCUUAACAAAAACUUUCAUUUCUGGAAAGUACAGUUUAGUGUACUGGUAUGUAAGAUGGCAUGCAGCUUUUAUGUAGUUUUAUGCAUUCUCUGUGUGGGUGUGAGAAUCAUUCUCUGGUGUCUGAACAAUGGCUCAAGUUAACAUAUGAAGGGAAAGUCUCAGUCAUGCUGUCCUCUUUUCUGUGAUUGGAGUGACAUUUUUUAACCUGUCAGUUUCCAUCUUAUGUCUGUGGCUAUUUAGCAAGAGGUUUGCACACAUCCCUGUGAUGUAGUCUAUUACAAAUUAGGGUGGUUGGAUGCAAAAGAGGAUCGGGUUGCUACACCUUUAUUUGUUGUGUAGAACAAUAAGUUUUAGCAGGUGUACCUGCUUAAAUAUCUUCUACACAACUCUCAAAGGUGCAGGACCUUUGCUUUUUAAAAUCUUUUCAAAAUUAAUCAUUAAAUAAGAGGUCUCUGUACCAGCAAAUUUGUUAGUGAUCUUAUAAAAUUCCUCCCCAGUAACAUUUACCUUGUUUUGUGGCUUUUGAGAGUUUUAAGGGCUAAAUUAACUAAAGUCUGAUGGACCAGCGUUUCAUACAUUUGGGUUGUAUAUUCAUUUGGCUAUAAUUUUUGAUCUGCUAAUGUUUUUGUGAGAAUGGAGCAAUGAUCCUUUGGCUGGGAUGAAGCACUUUCUGAUAAUUGAAUAUCAGUAGAAACAUUACUGAACUAGAAUUGCGAUAAUAGUUUAUCUCAGUCCAGUAAAAAUAAAAAAAUACUUCUCCAAUAAUUCCAUGCAUUCUAGCUUCACUCAAGACUUCUAUGGUCCUAUAGAGAAGAAGACAAUUUCUGUAUUUCAUGCCUUUAAAGAUGCUCCACAGAUCUGCCAAUUGAAUUCUGUGGAGAUACAUUUCCAGAAGAGCAAAAAGAACCAAAAUCUAUUUGGUGUGUCAUCGUAAAUCCUGCGCAAAAUCUUAUUUGGCUUCCAGAGACCAUGGCAGGCAGAUGCUCAAGUUAAAAAGAAAAGAAAAGUGUUUUUGGUGUGCAUACAUGUCUUGUUUUGUUGCUUUCUAAUAUGUAUUUGGAAAACUGUCCUCACGUGUCGCCUUAAUUCCAUCCCACAUUAAUGUAGCUCUCGUUUGUGUAUACUAAUAUUACUGAUUGUUUCUUGUUUCAGCUAUUUGUACAAGAAUGAAAUCCAGUCAAUUGACAGGCAAGCAUUUAAAGGACUUGCCUCUCUAGAACAACUGUAAGUGCCUUUUCUCUUCUGUGCUGUCAUCUGCUUGGUUGCCUCAGAGAAAAAGUGCACGUUUUUGGUCGACAUUUCUUGCCUGCAUGCCUUGCAUGUCUGCACGGAAUGGGUUUCUAGUCCAACGUGGUUGCAAUUAGUGGUACGCAGAAAACGUGUCUGUCAAAUUCAUUCUGUCUGUGUUCAUAUUGUAUUUGUGAUUUACAUCUCAAGGCUAUCCGUUCACUUUAUAAUGACUUAAAGUGAGCAGACUCAAGUAUAGCAACAAGAAUUAAAACAUGUAUUAGGAUCCAGUUCUUCUGUUUCUUACAAAUACUUUACAGUUUUGAAUUUCGUGGAAUUAACUUAUGAUUGCCUCAAUGUAACCAGGUAGAAUUUAUGUUCUGAUUUUUCCCCAGCCUAUACUUUUUGCAAUUAAAGUAUUUUUAAUUUUGGUAUGCUUUUGGCUCAUCAAACCAGGGUGGAUUUGAUUUAAAUCAAAUCAAUUUAAAUCACUAGUCAGUAAGACUUAAUUUAAAUCACUAGUCAGUAAGGCUUGAUUUAAAUCUUUUUUUUUUUUUUUUAACAGAAAGACUCAUUCUUGCUGGUAUAAUCUUAAUAUUUACAACCAGAUGAAGGUUUCAUUUUUGGAGUAAUAAAUUAUCAGAGUAGUUUUUACACUUAUAUCAAAAAUUACUGAUUUGGUUAUAGUAUUAGAAAUACAUAGAUAAUUAUGAAAUUAUUGUGAGGUUUAAUAAGUUAACAGUUUAUAUUAGGACAACUUUUCUGCUGUACUUUAUUUGAAGGAGAAAAAUAAUCAUUUCCUUAACAACAAUUUAAGCAAUUUAUUUAAAACAAUAACAUUAUAGCAUAUGUAUCCAUGUUUGUUAACUGAUGUGGUUAAACGUGUUGUUGUUGUUUUUAAAAAAACAGACUGAGUUUUAGCACACUUGAAAAACUUAAAACAAAUUCUUACUUGCUGAUGAAUAGCCUUUGGACUAUAAUGUAACUUAAAUAGAAAACUAUCUUUAGAAAGGUUUUUCCUCCAGAAGCAUUUUAUUUUAAAAAUCCAAUUUAAAUUUUUUGAAAUACUGGUUUAAAUAAAUAAAAAAAAACCUUUUAAAAAAUCAUUGAUUUUUAUCCACCCUGCAUCAAACAGAGGAAAACUCAAAAUAUAGAAAAAUAUGGCUGGGGAACACACCCUGUAACCUACAGAAAACUAAACUCCUUAUGGAUUUCAGCGGGACAAGAGUACAUUUUGGCUGUGGGUGUGUGAAAUCGCAAUAGUCCUUAGUGCUGUGAUAGAUUCAGUUAUAGAUUUAACUACGUACAGUAUGUUUGAUGAGCUUCCAUCAGUCCCAGGCAGCAUGGCCAAUGGUCAAGGAUGUUGGGCGCCGCAAUGCAAUGAUCUGUAGAAAGCCACAAGUUGCCCAUCCCUGCCACAGCAUUUUAAACUUCAGUUGUGCAGUACACAACAACAUGAUUCUGCUAUAUUAGUAUCCCAUCAGAUAUAGCUGAAUUUCUGCAGAAUAACUCAUGAAGAAUUGUUGGGUGUGGUAGUUGAAUAUUUUGUCAGUGUGUAUUUAUUUAUUUAUUUGUUUGUAUGAAUGCCUAAUGCCAUAUUUUUGUUCUUAUUUUUAUGUAUUUUGAAGGGGUGGUAUAGAAAUCUAUUAAAUAAAUGAAUAAAAUAUGCUUUUAAAUGACAUUUUAGUGGUGGUUAAAGUAAGAAAGUCAAGCUGUAAUGGGCUUUAUCACAUUGAUUUAAUCUUCCAACUCAGAUCCCAUUGACUUAAAUCAAUAUAAGUCAGUGCAUGAGUCUAUGCACAGGAAGGAAGGAAGGAAGGAAGGAAGGAAGGAAGGAAGGAAAUUGACUUGCUGGAUCAGACCAAGGGUCAAUGUAGCCUGCCAAAACCUCUGGGAAUCUUGUCAGCAAGAUGUGUUGGAAGUAGCCUCCCCAUUUGCCUAUUCAUCUUUAAAUCAGAAGGAUACUUCUUUUGAUUAUAAGGGUUCCAGUUUAGCUAUCAUAGAUGGUCAUCAUCCAUAGAUAUAUUCUCCAUGAAUUUCAAAUGAAGCCGAUUUGACAAAAUUGUUGUCUGAGGUGGAUUUUAAUAUAUUAACUUUUCUUUAACACACACACAUCAGUUUUCAUAUUCGCCAUACUCCUGUGGUGUUGAUGCAGCACUAAGGUUUUCAGAAGGUGCUUAAGCUUUGCUGUAACUUGGUGAUGAAAUUUGAUGCAGCAGUUUGAUGUAUGGUUGCAAGCAUGAUGUAGAGUUACACACAGACAUUCAUUUAAGAAGUGACAUCAGACCAUCAUUCCCAUUUCCUAAGCACUUCUGUUGUGACAGCAGUGGGAUCCCAGAUGCUAACUACCUAUAUCAAUAGUGUUGUACCCAAUUGUGAAGUACAGAACAGCGUACGAUUUUGUUACUCCAAGUAGAACCACACACCUUUCUUUUUUUAUUUUGAACUUUUUCGGUUUUAAGGUGCAUGAUGAUGCUUUCAAAAAUUGCAUGCUUUCACUGUCCUAUAUAUCAGGUGGAGGUACAUUUUAAUGGGUGGUGGCGGAAGCAUUGCUCUGUAGAUUCUGCCUGUUCUUCUGCAAAAUGAUUCUUCACUGUACAAAAAAUGAUGUAACUUUUAUUGUUCUCUGUUAUUGCAACAUAUCCUUGGUUCGUUACUGGUAGAAUAUUAAUCACAGAAUAACACAUUUGCUCACAAUAGCUGUGUCCAGUGGCGUAGUGUGGGCGGGGGUCACGAGAGCAAUUGCCAUGGGUGCAAAAUUCUUAGGGGUGCAAUAUUUCAAAAGAAAGUAGUAGUAAAAUAUAAACAAAAUAGCUUAAAAGGCUUACAGAUGUUUUCAAACAGCUGUCAUUACUUCUGGGUGUGUUUUUGUGUAACUUUGAAGGUUGAGAAUAUGACUAGUAGAAUGUUCUGCCUUUUCCGUACUUGUAAGGACAACAUUCCUACGCUGGUCAUUAGUAUAAACAGAGAAGCUACUCUUAAUCCCAGUCUUUUUACCAAAUAUCAUUUAAAUGACAGUGAUGGAAAUGGAUGUAGGUACUACUCUGUUCUAGAGCUCACCGAAACAGGAAUGAAGAAGCAUGUAAUGUGAAAUUGAACUGCAUGCCGUAGCUUAUAUUGGACGUAAACAAUUAUUUCCUGUAUCAGUGUUUUGUAGAAGGUUAAAAUGGCCCUACUUGUGUAUCCCAGGCACUGCUGUGGCACAUGAUCAUAAGUGGGUCUGCUGCAUGUGUGCAUAAUAACAGCAUUUAUUUUUUUAGGUUUAAAUUUGAGCUGAAAGUUUCUCAUUGGAGAACAAAUGUAGAAUUGUAUUUCUUAACUAUUUCAUGUAAGCAAUGUAUGCUGAGGUAAGUGGUAGUUUGUUUACAGGAGAAAGAUGUCUGCCGUAGAUAAAGCAUAUGUUAUAUUUCGUGGAUGGAAACAUUAAUCACAAAGCAAUCAUCUUUUUUUUCUUUUUCUUUCAUUCUGAUUUGAGGGCCAGUAAGUUCAUGAAUCAGUUAAGAGCUCAUUCAUAUAUAUAUAUAUAUAUAUAUAUAUAUAUAUAUAGGAAUGCCAUCAAAAGCAAACAGAUUUGGAGAGGGUGCAUGGAGGGGGAAAGGUGUUAAGUUCUGCUGUGUUAGCAGGACUUGCUGCCCAACAACUUGGUUGAAUCCAGUCCCCUAUGCUUAAUAAACAAAAAUAUGACAUCACGUCCAAACAUUAUCCUUUAAUAUAAUGUUAUUCAUAGGUUUGUUCUGAAAUGUUCUGAAUCUCCUGGUGAUUGAUAUAUAGUGAUCCUACCUGAUAAUUUGUACUGCAUUAGUAGAUCAUGGGCACCACCUGUUGUAUAAAGGCUUGGGCUUUCUGUUUAAUGCAGGAUGGCUGUAGGAUCCAAGUUACUUUUACACAUUUUUUUUUUAAAGCAGCUGCUUUGGGACCCUUUAUUAAGCACACUGUGUUUCUGUGUCGUCUUAUUUCCCUGCCCCUUCCCCAACAGGUACCUGCACUUUAAUCAAAUUGAAACAUUGGAACCAGAAUCAUUUACCCAUCUUCCCAAACUUGAAAGAUUGUAAGUUUUGUUUUUGUUUACUCCCUCUUCCAGAUAGCAGCUUCCCCUCACAUGGAGGAUGACAGUCCCCAUGGCGACUCCUUAUAAUCCUAGACUGUGUACACAGCCCCAUUUACUCAACCUCCAAGUGCUCUCACUUCUGCUUUGGGAAGCGGUGUACGCGUGAUGUUAGCCACAAUCUAUAUCUUUCUUGUUGUCUCUUAAGAAAGGCUUCAUUUCGAUGUGUUUUUACCUAAAGCAGCACUGAUCUGGCUUGAGAAAAAGAACCACCUUGCUGUGUUUCAAGCCAUUAAUGUGUACACAGUCCAAGUUCCAAGCACAAGGCCUUCAUGCUGUUUGGAACCUCUCUUUUUGCAUACAUUUUACUCUGUGCUAAAUUAGCUAGUAAGGAAGCUGCCAUCUGGAUAAGCCCUAAAUAAAAUGUAGCCUCAGUAUAUAUAGUUUUCCCUGGGAGGAAAUUCUGUGCAGUAGCACUGCUGUGCUUGGACAUUGGAACUGAAGUUCAAGUCCCUGUAGCCACUGUUCUUGAGACAAAGUGAUCUCUUUUUUUUUCUCUUUCUCUCUCACACAUACACACCAGCCUGGAUUGACCCUAGGCUGGCCACCCAGCCUGCUGCUAAUCUCGCGGCACAAGUGCAAUUUGGAUUUUUAACUGCAAAGGAAAUAAAUUGCAGUUUAAAAUCCACUCAAGUAUCUCCAAGCACAGUUUCUAUUGAGAUAUUGGCAACCACUGCUUAGGCAAUCGGCUACCAUUUUGAAAAUGGAGCUGAGAGGAAGUGAGAAAGGAACUACACUGUAUGAUUACGCAGUUCCCUUUCCUCUCGGCUUGAUCUUCCAACUGGCAGGGCGCAGCAUGCCUGGUUGGCAGGGUGGGAGGGACUGGCGGGGGUGGGGGCACAGCUGGAAGUGGGAGCAGAGAGACCAGGGAACAAACUGGAAGAACAAGGCUGAGAGAAACGGAGGCUGCAAGAGAUUGAGAAGCAGUGCCGUUGUGUGCAGACAAUGUAGUGUAAGGGCUUCUGGCUGCACAGAAGUAAGGAUUUCUUUCCCCCCUAAAUCUGUUCUGCGAGUUCCCCAACCCACCAAACCAGUUUUGAGGCGGGUGCAUGAGGAGAAGAGAGGAAGUUCCAUUGCACAAGUGGAAGUCCUUUAGCUAUCAGAACUACUUUGCUAGAUACCACCCUUUGUGAGUACCUUGCCCAAAGCCCCCUAAAAUCUGGCAACAGCCAGAUUUGAUGGUAAAUUACUAACUUGAGGGUAAAUCUCAAUUUACUAGUUAAAACUUCGAUAAGCUUGAGCUGCAUCAUCACUUACAUUUUUACCAGAUGCCCUCAGCUUUCGAACGUAUUUUAUAGUCAUUAACAGGAAUAUUGGGUCAUUACUUAUAAAAAUACAAUGAUAUGCAGCAACAAAUACAUCAACAUGUUUUUUUUAAAAAAAGGAGUACAUAGGAAGCAUGCUAGACUGGGGAAAGACUGGUAUAAGGCAUUCAAACCGCUAAUUAGUAAAUGCAAUAUUUCAACAGAUUUUUACAUAACAACAGAAUAUCCCAUUUAAUUCCCGGGACAUUUAGUCACUUGGAAUCUAUGAAACGACUGUAAGUAAAUUUCCUUUCCCCCUUUAAAAUUGUACUUAAUCUUCUGUCAACUAACUCUAACUCUUUAAAGCUCUUGUAUUUAUAUGCCAUUUUCAGGUGGUAACUCUUGAUAGAGGCAGUAUCUAUCUCAUUGCUGACCUGCCAGUAUUUUAAGCUAGAUUUGUGCUAGGUACAGAAUCUCAGUGUUCAGCAGAUAAUACACAUUUGGCUCCUGAGCAAGCCCCUUCCUGUUUUUCUGACCUUUGGUGCUACAAAUGCAGAAAGGUUUCUAUUAUCUUAAACAGAGAGAGAGAGAGAAUACCUGUUGUAAUUGACAAUUCGUUCACGACCACUAGCACAGAUUCCUGGUAAAUAUAAAGAUUGCAGAUCUGUCACAGUAACUUGCUCUCUCUCUCGCAUUACAUCUGUUUCUUUCCCAAAACCAAUUCCUGUAUUCCAGUGCAGUGAGUAAUGGUGCUAUUGCUAUUAGUUGAGUAAACUGUGGACCAGGGUCGUAAAUUUUUUUACAGGAGUCACUGCUAAACAUUAGCCUGAACUCUUCCUAUCGUAUCUUCAUUUCACCUUGCUUCAUCUGGAGAAGGAAAUAAAUUAACCUCUAGUUUUACAUGUUUUAUCUUGACAAUUAUGAGCUUCUAGUGUGUAGACUGAAUAAUGACAGCUUUUAAAAAUCUUGGCGGCUCCUAUUUUUAUUAUUAUUAUUAUUUUAGUCACUCAUCACAUUGUGUUUUAUUAAUAUAACAACAGAAGGAGGUGGUUUCUUCAUGUAUCACAAAACUGCACCGUUUAAGUUUAUUAUUCUUAAGAUAGAUAGAUAAAACUUUAUUCGCAUCAGUCGAUGGCCAUAGCAACAAUAAAACAUUACAAUAUACACAGAAAAAAAGGAAAUUUAGUAUAAAAGCACAGUUUAUUAAUCUUAAGAGAAAUAACAUGUAAUAAUAUCUGUGUGUCAUUUGAUGGGAAAAUGGAGUUGGGUGGAGAGGAGAUUUGGAAUCAGUGGCAGUAUUUUAACUUACAGCUGCAACAUUCCAUUUUAUCCCAGGUGGAUCUCAGCAACACCAUAGUUUUAAAUACUAUUCUUUCAAAUUGUCUCUUAGCCCCCCCUUCCCAAUCCUUCACUAAACACACCCCUUGAUUAAUUGCACUCGGGUUGUAGCAACUGACUGAAGUCUGAUGCAGAGUAACCUUAGUCUGACUCUCAAAUUUUCUUCAAGUAAAGACCGCUUCAUUCAGUACAAGGGUUGUAGCUGAAGGGUCACAAUUCACUUUUAACUGGUGCCAAUGAAAUUAGGAUCUCCUGGCUUUCAGGUUUCCCACUAGCAUUCUGCAUAAUGUUACAGCAUCUCACAGUACGUACGUGUCAUGCUUGAUCUCAUUAAUAUGUACAGUUUGUUGUUUUGUCCAGGCGUCUGGAUUCAAAUGCACUUCACUGUGACUGUGAAAUACUGUGGCUAGCAGAUUUGCUGAAGACAUAUGCAGAGUCCGGUAAUGCGCAAGCUGCAGCUACUUGUGAAUAUCCAAGGAGAAUCCAGGGAAGAUCAGUGGCCACAAUAACACCAGAAGAACUUAACUGUGGUAAGAUGGAUUGAUUGUGUGUGUGUGUAAUUUGCCUCCAUCUGUCUGUUUCCGGGGUGGGUGGGGAUGAUAUCUAAAUUUUGUUGAGAAGUACAUCUUGCCCAUGUGUACUUCAUACAGUGGUACCUCGGGUUAAGUACUUAAUUCGUUCCGGAGGUCCAUUCUUAAUCUGAAACGGUUCUUAACCUGAAGCACCAAUUUAGUUAAUGGGGCCUCCUGCUGCUGCCGCGCCGCCGGAGCACGAUUUCUGUUCUCAUCCUGAAGCAAAGUUCUUAACCCGAGGUACUAUUUCUAGGUUAGCAGAGUCUGUAACCUGAAGCGUAUGUAACCUGAAGCAUAUGUAACCCGAGGUACCACUGUAUUAACAAUAAAUGAUUUAAUUGUUUCCUGGGAUCUCUCUACUCCAUUGAUUCCUGACUCAUCCUCAUUUAUUUUUUGCAUUAUGAAAGCACACCAUUCUGUAUCCCAGCCCCUUCUCGGCAUUUGUUAACAAUAAUCCACAAAACUAUGGGCAGUCUCCAACAAAGUGCUUCUGCUAUUUCUGUCUGGACAAUGGAACUUCCCCUCCAUCUCCUCUCCCUUUGUGCCUCCACACCCUCCCCAAAUCAUAGAAUCAUACUGUCGUAGAGUUAGAAGGGACCUUGAGGGUCAUUUGGUCCAACCCUGCUCUUCCAAUGUCGUCUUUGUUUUCAUGAGGCAUGGAAUGCCUUCAAGUCACUGGCCCCUGAAAGCAUGCUUUUCCUCCCCUCCUGGCUGUCCCCUAGCCAGAGACAGAGUCUUCCUGAGCUUGACUUAUCUCCCUUCCAAAGGGUUGGGAGAGACCUCAGAGCAGAUUGAGGGGGCAUGCACAGAGGGUAGAGAGUCAGGUGGAAACGCCAGUGCUCAGCCAGAGGUCCUUGUGUCAACAGAACUAUGUACAUCAUUGGAUACUGCCCAAUGUAAUAAACCUUUUUUUUAAAAAAAAACACACAUCUUGAAACAGAAAGGAUUGUUGGAAGGGUAUUUAAAUGUCCGUGGAUUACUACUUCAUCCUAUAAUAAUGAAAAUAUGAUUCGGGCAUCUUGCUUGGAAAUUUUCACGUGUCGUGUGACGGCUGAGUAAAUGUGAGGAUAGAAAUUCUAGGCAAGCAGCCAAACAUUCAUGUGGCGUUGAUACACAUAACACGACAGAGUUGAAAUUAAAACCCUCGAAAGAGAUACAGGAUACUUUUAAGCCAGGCCUGCAUGACUUGUGAACCACCAAACCAAGCCAGCCAUGUGGCCCAUUGGACUUAAUAAACAACUUGUUCUGGCUGCCUGCUUGGGACUGCAAAAACAAGAGUAUUGUCAGGCUCCUGACUUAACAUAGUUGAUGUCUGAGUUUGCGGCUACCCAUAAGCAUUUGUGAGGACAGAACGCUGGGCGAGUUAGGCCUUUGUUCUGCUCCAGCAGGGCUCUUAUGUAUUGUGUUCAGCAAGCUGUGAAGGUCUACUGUUAUGUGUUUUAAAUGAUGCCUCAUGUGGUUCUUUUUACCUCGACGGUUUUUCUGUCAUUGCAUUGAAAGUCUGAAAACUCUUGGUGGUACAGUUAUUUGAGACAGCUGUACUACGUAUGACACUGCAUUUUAAAAACUGUUCUUAGACGGAGACAUUAAAGAAAUUGUGCAAUGCAUGGCAUAUUGAUCUUCGUACUAUAAACUUUUUUGUUAAUAUAUAUUAAAACUUUAUUAUUAGCCCAAAAUAAUAACUGAUGUUAUGCUUAAUAGUGUUUAGGUUCGCACAGCCUAAUUUCAUCUGUGAGAACUAAUCUUUUAUACCUUACGUUAAAAUGGAAGAGCUAACCUAUUCAUAGUUUAUUUUUCAGUCACAUUAAAAAAAAUAAAAUGCUUUGUUGAUUAUACAGAGAGACCAAGAAUUACGUCAGAGCCUCAGGAUGUGGAUGUUACCUCAGGGAAUACCGUUUACUUCACUUGCAGAGCUGAAGGCAAUCCCAAACCAGAAAUUAUUUGGCUUCGAAACAAGUAAGGCUGCUUGGUGAAGACUUGACAUUUUCAUUCUCCCCCCCCCCCCCAGUUUUUUAUUUGAGUUUCCAUUGAAAUGAGGCUGUAUUUUAAUGUUUUAAUGUAUUUUAAUCUUGUUUUUAAGUUGUAUUUCAAUCUAUUUGUUUUUAUAUCGGGUGUUAGCUGCCCUGAGCCCGGUCUUGGCUGAGGAGGGUGGGGUAUAAAUAAAAUUUAUUAUUAUUAUUAUUAUUAGAAAAUAAUUUUCUCUGUGUAGACUCAUCUUAAUAAGAGUUCAUUGACCAACAUCAGAUCUCUUGCAAAAACUGUUUGCAUUUGAGAUUAGCUGUGAUUCCUGCAGAACUAGACGACCCUUGGAAUCUUUUCCUUUUAUACAGUUCUGUGAGGGCCUGCACACACAACACACUGAACAAAUUCAUGUUCAGUUUUUGGGGGUAAUUUUUUAGAAUACUUAUAAAUUAAAGGUGUUUAGUCCUACAGUUUUCUCUCUCCAUAGUAAUGAGCUCAGUAUGAAAACGGAUUCCCGUUUGAACUUGCUCGAUGAUGGCACGCUCAUGAUUCAGAACACUCAAGAGACUGACCAGGGCAUUUACCAGUGCAUGGCCAAAAAUGUGGCAGGAGAAGUGAAAACUCAAGAAGUUACUCUACGCUACUUUGGUUCACCAGGUGUGUAGAUUUCUAAUGCCAUUUUUUUUUAAAAAAAAAUACUAUGUUGCAUACCUCUUAUUCAAAGAGAUAAGCUUAAUAGUACAAUAUAAUUUUGCAUGACCCGUUGCAGAUCUAGAACACACAAAACAGCCUGACCAGGGUCUUCCUUUUAUUUUUAUUUUGUAAAUUUAGAAGUCGUUUGAAAUCAGAAAUAUUUAGGGCCACACCAGAUUCCCUAUACAGUGGUACCUCAGGUUAAGAACUUAAUUCGUUCCGGAUGUCCGUUCUUAACCUGAAACUGUUCUUAACCUGAGGUACCACUUUAGCUAAUGGGGCCUCCCGCUGCUGCUGCCGCACCAUUUCUGUUCUCAUCCUGAAGCAAAGUUCUUAACCUGAGCUGUUUCUGGGUUAGCGGAGUCUGUGACCUGAAGCGUCUGUAACCCGAGGUACCACUGUAAUAUAAUAAUAUCCCUAUGAUAUAGGGCCUAUAUAACAGGGGGUGGGUGAGAUUUAAAGUGCAUUAGUUGCGAGUGGGAGCUGAGCACUUCACCUGGUGGAACUCACUUGCCAGGAACAACUGCUGCAGGAAGAAAAAAGAGUCAGAGAUAAACAGCUUUAGUCAGCCACAGAAGGUAUGGCAGGGAAGCGGCGCUCAUCUGACCUCCUGAUGACUGUGUUGCUACUGCUCCCAGGGAAGGAGGAGGAAAGACCAAGGUGGCAGGGAUGUUGGGGCAGUAGAAAUGCGCUGGUGGAAUCAAUCUGGUGCUUCUGUGGCUAUAUUUGCACUUUGUCAGUCUCUGUGUCACGUCUCAGUUCCCCCUCUCCUCAGUAAACAGCAGCAUCUCACUUGUCACUUAUUGCGGGGGCUGAACCUCCCCCCCCAUGGCCCCUAGGAGUUGGCUCCUAUGGCCCCACCACAUUGCCUACUGCUAGUUUUACAGUGGUACCUCCGGUUACAAACUUAAUUGGUUCCAGAGGUCCGUUCGUAACCGGAAACCACUCGUAACAUAAGGCGUGCUUUUGCUAAUGGUGUCCUGCACCGCUGGAGCACAACCUCCGCUUGAAUCUCGGGGCAAAGUUCACAACAAGGAGCACCUACUUCCGGGUUAGCGGAGCGCGUAAGCCGAAGCGUUCGCAAAGGGGACGGUACAUAACCCGAGGUACCACUGUACUGUGAUCAAGGGAAAAUUCAGUUUGCUUUUUCCUGUCCACUCAUGUUGUGCUUGAAAUUUCUCCUUUCUCAGCUUUUAUAUAUGGAAUGAACAUGACCCAAGUUGACUAGCCGUGUCCUUAAUUUAAUAAGGCGCUGAAAAACAAUACGAUACAGCGACUUCUUUUAAAGAGUGUACAUUUCUUUCGUUUCAUUUCUCUAAAUGCCAGAAUAUUGGUGUUAACAGAGGGUAUCUUGAACAUUAUUCCAUUUGUUACAGCUAGGCCAAGCUUUGUGAUUCACCCCCAAAAUACAGAGGUACUGGUUGGAGAAAGUGUCACCCUGGAAUGCAGCGCAACCGGUCACCCCCAGCCACGGAUCACAUGGACUAAAGGGGACAGAACUCCUCUCCCAAGUGACCCUCGCAUUACCAUAACUCCGUCAGGAGGGCUUUACAUCCAAAACGUGGAGCAGGAAGAUGGUGGAGAAUAUGCCUGUUUUGCAACCAACAGCAUCGAUAGCAUCCAUGCGACUGCAUUCAUCAUUGUUCAAGGUACGUGGUGUUUAGAUCUACAAUCUAAAGUACUGAUGUUCUGUGGUUCAGUGAGCUAUUGGGGGUGGGGGGAAUAGUCCGAAGUAUACAUUCUGACUCUUUUUCCAUUUUCUCUUUAUCACACAGCCGUACCUCAGUUUACUGUGACUCCUCAAGACAGAAUAGUAAUUGAGGGACAAACUGUUGACUUCCCUUGUGAGGCCCAGGGAUAUCCACAGCCAGUCAUUGCCUGGACUAAAGGAGGUAAGAAUUUAGAUUUGGGGAGAAAUCUUUACACCUUGAAAAAAAUUAAUACGUUUUUGCAAAAUUCAAGCCAUUAUGUGAUCUACAAGAAAUUAUGUCUAUUUCAGUUUCCCUAAUUUUGCUAGUAACAGUCGUUCUUGGUGACUGAAAGUUUCAAAAACUCACCUCUCAUUUGAGUUGGGCUUUAAGAGCCCCUGAAGUCUAGCUCAGGAGAAUUUUGUCAUUAUUGGGUACGGCCAGAUGGUGUCCAUUCUUUGGCUGUUCCAUCAGUUAUCUCUGUCCCACAUGUUGCUCUUGCCUUUUGAUUAACUUGGAAGAUUUCUAGGCUUAGGACUUUAUCCGAGGAAGGUUUCCCUUGCACAACAGAACUUCCCACCUCUCUCCUACCUCUGAAUCUCUCUCCUCGCCCACCCCUCAAGGUUCAGUUGCAUAAAUGGAUGCUCUUGUGUGAAUGGGACAACUUGACUUGAUACAACCAUCAACUUUAACCCUAUCUCCUUCCUUUUUUCCUUACAGGUUACUGACACAUGUUAUGUGACCAUUACAUAUGCUUUAAAUUGUAGGCACUAAUCACUUCUAAUUUAUGUAUCUGAAAUAGAGACAAGAUUUGAGCUUUUUUCUUAGUUGAGAAUGACUUGAAACUUCCUUCAGAUACAUGUUAUAUCUGAAGUCCAAGCAACUUAUGUUUACGUGAUUGUGAAGAUAUUCCUCUUCUAAAUAUAUUAUAUGAAGGUGCAGAAGUUUCAGCCAUUCACAGAUUUUUCCUCUUGUUUUCCUCUGCAGCUGCUGCAGAGGAAACAGGUGGAAGAACUCAAAUACACACAUUACUGUUUACACUUGCAUUAAAGAACCUGCAGAACUGUGUUGAUCACUUUGAACUGGGUUCUGUUGAUUUCACUAGGAUAUGCUUCCAAGUAAUUUGUUCAUGAUCAAGGUGAAAAGCUAGAAUUUAUUAUUUCAAAAUUUGUAUAUAUUUAUUAAAAUAGAGCAGGCACAGAAGAAGAUGUAAAAAGUAUAGUAGACAGCAUUUGCUGUAUUAGUACAUGAUGAUUUUUGAUAUUAAUUUUCACUUUAAAAAAUCUUCCAUUAUCCCAAAAGUGUUUUACUGUUUCUGCAAUGGAAUUAAGACAAGACAAUUGUAAGAGGAAAACAGUUUUGACUUAUUCUUUCGCAAUAAUCAUUUCUAGUAUCAUUCUUAGCCAGUGUAGUGUAGUGGUUAAGAGCGGUAGUCUCGUAAUCUGGUGAACCGGGUUCGCUUCCCUGCUCCUCCACAUGCAGCUGCUGGGUGACCUUGGGCCAGUCACACUUCUCUGAAGUCUCUCAGCCCCACUCACCUCACAGAGUGUUUGCUGACAGAAUGAAGAAUGCUUUGGAAAUAUUGUUGACCUAGCGUCAAAUCAAUGGUGCAAUACUUUCAUUUUUUUGAAAAAAAUAAUUGUGUGUUUCAGGAAGCCAACUUUCUGUAGACAGAAGGCACUUAGUCUUAUCAUCUGGAACACUGAGGAUUUCCAGAGUUGCUUUACAUGAUCAAGGCCAGUAUGAAUGUCAAGCUGUUAACAUUGUAGGAUCUCAAAGAGUUGCUGUUCAUCUGACCGUACAGCCUAGAGGUAGGUUCACAAAAACUCAUGUUGAUCCAGAUUGUUAAUAUGUUUUAAACCACCUUUCGGUUUGAAAUCAGACUAGAUUUUCCAUGUUUUGAACAUACACAUGUUAAGAACCAUUAAGUAUACAGUUGAUAUACUGUUCAAUUUCUCUCUCUCUCUCUCUCUCUCUCUCUCUCUCUCUCACACACACACACACACAGAGAGAGAGAGAGAGAGAGAGAGAGAGAUGUAAUCUCUCUAUUGGAGACAAGCUAGGAAGAUAAAGCUUGACACAUUUAUAGGGAGGAUAGCGAUGAAAUACAGAAUUUUUUCAUCACCAGAAUUUUUAGUUGAAUAGAGAGUUUCUCAAAUUUAAGAAGCAGGGCAAGUGGGAAAAUGAGGGCUGUAGGGGUGUCCCAGGGGGAGCAGCAGAUUGGCACUGCCAGUGCGCCCGCAGAGUCCUGCCCUGGCCAUCCUCCUGCCUGCUCCCCUUAAACAGCAGUGAUACCCCUCUCAGGAGGAGGGUGGGGCAACGCUGCCUGUUUUUCUGUCUAUUGCUGCUGAAGCCUCCAUGAAUAAUUGUUGAAUGAUACUGAAUUAUUAUUUUGUACAUAAAACAGGCCCAAUUUUUAAAGAGUAUUAACGUGAAGUAACCUCCUACUGGCAGGAAUGUUCUUAGGUGAGAGGGAUGUUUUCAAGGUAAAAACCUUUACAGUGGUACCUCAGUUUACGAACUUAAUCCAUUCCGGGAAGUCCAUUCUUAAACUGAAACCAUUCUUAAACCGAGGUGCGCUUUCCCUAAUGAGGCCUCCCGCCGCCAGUGCCCUUCCACCGUUCGGAUUCCGUUCUUAGACUAAGGUAAAGUUCUAAAACCGGGACACUACUUCUGGUUUUGUGGAGUUCGUAAACCAAAUCAUUCUUAAACCGAACUGUUCUUAAACCGAGGUACCACCUUACUUUAUAAUGCAAUCCUGCAAACCUGGAGCUAAGUCUCGUUGAACUCUAAGGGACUUAUUUCUAGUCGACAUUCAUAGGAUUGCCCUGUUAUACAGUCGUACCUUGGAAGUCUUGCGGGUCAAACAUUUUGGCUUCCGAACGCCACAAAUCCGGAAGUUGGUGUUCCGGUUUGUGAACGUUAUUUUGGAACCCGAAGUCCGGUGCGGGUUCCAAUUGGCUGCAGGAGCUUCCUGCAACAAAUCGGAAGUUACACCUUGGUUUCUGAACAUUUUGGAAGUUGAAUGGACUUCUGGAGCAGAUAACGUUUGACUUCCGAGGUACUACUGUAAUAUAAUCUUAUACAUAUCUAUUCAGACUUAAGCAAUUUUUAGUUAAGUGGGGCUUAGUCUCAGGUUUGUGGAUGUACAACUGUAGCCUCGAUGAAUGUGAAUGUUUCUGUUUAAAGACUUUUACCCACUUUUCAUUGCUUCUGUGCAACUUUUUUUUUUAUUUUAGUAACCCCUGUGUUUGGUAAUGUUCCAAGUGAUAUGACAGUAGUAGUUGGCACAAAUGUGCAGAUUCCAUGCAGUUCUCAAGGAGAGCCUGAGCCAGUAAUAACAUGGAAUAAGGUAAUAAACUCGUGUUUAUAAUUAGAAUAGGUUUUCAGAUUCCUGUGUAGUUCAUUCUUUACAAAGCAUAUGGUAGCUGACAGCUGUGGUGCGUUGGUAUAAAUUAUUAGCUUCACUUCUUUCUGAGACCAUGCGUUUGGAAAAGUUAUUCAAACUGCAGGUACUUAACAAUGCAAUUAAUCUGGAAAAUAUGCUUCCUAAAGGCAAAGAGCUUAUAUACAUGAUAUUAGCAGCAAGGGCUUUAAAUGCAAAAUACUGGAAAAAAAGAGAAAUUCCACAUUUGAGAGCCUGGAAUAUUAAACUGUAGGAAGUGACAAUGUGGAGCAAAGCCUUUGACAAAGGGAAGGAAGACAAAUAAAUCUGAACAAGAAUGGUCGAAGAGAGUUUUGGAACAGUAAGCAGGAGGGGAGUAAUAGUUCUAAUGCUUUCUCAAUUCUGUGAAAAGAUUUGGCUAUGACCCAUCCUCCAAUCUCCAUGCUUAUAAAUUUUAAAAUUAUACAAAGCACUGUAAUUUAUAAAUGAAAUGCUGAAUAUAUGAGACUCAAAAGUUGCCCUCCUACUUGGUAAUAGUAUGGGAGGAAUUCAUCUUCAGCCAAAGGCAAACAUUUCAACUUGCAAAAGGAACAAUCCCUUCUCCCCUCUCCUUGCAUGCUGUUCUAGGGGGUUCUGGAGCCAGUUUUGAGGGGCACACAGGACUUCUGCUUACAGUUGAAUCCCAUCCUAUAUUCUUCAUGCAUAGCUCUCGUUAUUAAUACAAUGUAUUUUUUAAUUUAUUUAAGUUUGUUAGUGUUUGAUUAUCACCAGCAGGUGGACUUAAAACAGUAAAUUAAAUUGGCUUUCUGAUUUGCUGCAGGAUGGUGUUCAAGUUACUGAAAGUGGAAAAUUUCACGUUAGCCCUGAGGGAUUUCUUACCAUUCGUGAUGUUGGACCAGCGGAUGAAGGCCGUUACGAAUGUGUUGCAAGGAAUACAAUUGGAUAUUCUUCAGUUAGUAUGGUACUAAGUGUAAAUGGUAAGAUUUAUAAACUGCAGUUGGUGUGGAAGUCUCUCCCUAAAAAAAUUACCAGGAUCUUCAGAAGAGAAGAGGCUUCACUGGCAAUGCAGUAACUGGUGGUAGAAUGUAGAAAUUAUAAAAACUUCUGGAUCGCCAGAAGCGGCUUAGUCAUGCUGGCCACAUGACCCGGAAGCUGUAUGCCGGCUCCCUCGGCCAAUAAAGCGAGAUGAGCGCCACAACCCCAGAGUCACCCACGACUGGACCUAAUGGUCAGGGGUCCCUUUACCUUUACCUUAAAAGGGAAGGGUUGCAGGGAAUGAGGGAAAUGGAAAGGUAUUUUGAAACACAGGUGUCAGGCACACCAAGGGAAGAUAAUUUCUACUGCAUAUUUAAUUAUUCUUUGGAUGGCUCGAUAAUAAGGUGUCUGCCAGCAAAUUCACUAAUAAGAAGAAUAUACAUCAUUGUCUCCUGUUUCAGAGGAUGCUGUUAAAAAGGUAAUCUAGAGUUUGGAAUGGGCUAUUUUUGGCAAGGUUUGUUCCACCUGGUUUAUUUUAAAGGGUUGGGCUGUGGGGUUUUUUGUACUUCUGCAAACCUCAGAGUUUCCACAAGCUUGCUGAUACCUCCUCCUUAUUUCUCAGUGGCUGUUAUGGCUACAGUUCUGUUGACACUCAUCACUUGCAUUCACUAUUAGAAGGAAGGUGUGCAGGGAAGUUGUGGCAGAAUUUCAAGAGACUGAGAAUACUGAAGAGAUAAAAUGUUUUCCAGGGCUUGGAGAAGAAAUAGGAGUCUUUCAUCUUUCCUAGAGACCACCCAGCCUUUCCCCCCUCUAGAUCAGAAAUGUUGCUAAGAUACAGAUAAGAUUACAUGCUGCAGCUGAGAACCCUGGAUUUGCUUUAGGAAGACCUAAAGAGUCAGAGAUUGCUUUCUUUCUUGCUUUCUUUCUUGCUUUCUUCCAAUGCACUGCCUUUGAAACUCCUAUCUGUUUUAGAAGGUAAUGGGAUCAAGUGAUCAAGAAAAAGCCCAGAGCCUUUUAGACAGUGUGAAUCUAUCAUGGCUCACAUAUUUUAAGUGUGUCUUUGGCUUAUAUGGCAUUGUGGUUUGGGGUUCUUUAACACCUUUGUAUUACAAAACAAAGAACAAAUACUAAUGGUAAUUUAUACCUUUUCAUUGAACUUGUAGAAGAAUGGAGGCAUUCCCAAUGCAAUCUGUUUUUUCUUUAAGGAUGUUCUCAAUAUAUUGAAAAUUUUCAGCUGUAAAACUUUUUAGAAAAAAAGAGAUUGAUUUGUAAUACAAAAAUGAUGUCGUGUCUAGACUUUGCUUAUAGUGAGUCAUUUUUGUAUGUGGAUAAAUUUGCAGCUUUUUUUCCUCCCCCCUCUCUCUAGUUCCUGAUGUCAGUCGAAAUGGAGAUCAGUUUGUAGCAAGCUCAAUUGUUGAAGCAAUUGCUACUGUUGACAGAGCAAUAAACUCAACCCGUACACAUUUGUUUGACAGGUAUUGUCUGGAGGGUUUUACUUUUAUUUUAUUUCAUCAUGACAGUGUGCUGGUUUAUUACUUGUUCGUUUUGUAACAGUAGCUUGAGGGGACAUGGCAGUUUUGCUCAAAGAUCAACUGGAUACUCUACAUCUUGUAAUUCUUUUAGCUACGAUAAAUCCCCCUCUCUUCACAAGUAAUCCUAUAUAGGCAUAUCCACACAUCAGUUGCCUGCAAUCUCAGUGGGUGGUGUAGCACAAAAUGCUUUCCCACUGAGGCAUAACUAAGCUUCUGGGAUAUUUCUACUGGUUGUAUGGACUGGAGGAUGGGGAGCACUUAGUCUAAGGCCCGCUGACUCUUUGGAGACUGGAAGUGCAGAAGCUGUGUAUCCGAUUCCCUAAAUCAGAGCCAUGUGGCUUUUCCAGUUUCCAAGUAAUUGUAGAAGCCCAACCAGUUCAAAAUCUUCCCCACAGAAGCUGUACAACUAUUUGAGGGAGGAAAAAGAGGAAGUACUACUAUUCUCCACUGCAAUGCGCUCUACGUGGGGCUGCCUUUGAAGGUGACUUGGAAACUACAACUAAUCCAGUAUGCAACAGCUAGACUGGUGACUGGAAGUGGCUGCCGGGACCAUAUAACACCGGUCCAAAAGAAUCUUCACUGGCUCCCAGUAUGUUUCCAGGCACAAUUCAAAGUGUUGGUGCUGUCCUUUAAAGCCCUAAACAGCCUCAGCCCAGUCCCCACCCCUAUCGCUCAGCCCAGACAUUGAGGUCCUCCUCCAAGGGUCUUCUGCUGGCUCCCUCACUGUGAGAAGUGAAGUUACAUGGAACCAGGAAGAGGGCGUCUCUCAGUAGUGGUGUCCUCCCUGUGGAAUGCUCUCCCUUCAGAUGUCAAGGAGAUAAAGAAUUACACAACUUUUAGAAGGCAGCUCUGUAUGGGGAGGUUUUUAACGCUUGAGCCUAGGACUUGCCAAUCAGAAGGUUGGCGGUUCGAAUCCCUGUGACAGGGUGAGCUCCCAUUUCUCGGUCCCUGCUCCUGCCAACCUAGCAGUUCAAAAGCACGUCAAAGUGCAAGUAGAUAAAUAGGUACCUUGCACCUAAUGAUCAGGGGUCCCCUUUAUCCCUUUAAGCCGCCCAGAGUGGCUGGGGAAACCCAGCCAGAUGGGUGGGGUAUAAAUAAUAAAACUAUUACUAUUAUUAUUAAAUAACAAAAGUACUUUUUCAUGCAGCACACAUCGAGAACUCACUCCAGUGGCUGCAGUUACAGUCACCAACUUGGAUGCCUUUAAUGUAGGGUGAGACAAAUUCAUGAAGGACAAAGCCAUCAGUGGCUGCUAACCACAAUUGGUGUACGCUACCUCCAUAGUUUGAGGCAGUAUACUUCCCAAGAUGGGAGAGUGCUACUGUCCUCAAGUCUUGCUCAUGGGCUUCCCAUAGGCAUCUGGUUGGCCACCGUGGCAACAGGAUGCAGGAGUAGAUGGACCACUGUUCCAUCCCAUCAGGGCUCUCCUUGUGUCCCUAUGAUCUCAUGCCAAAGUACACUUGUCCCCUUUUGAAACAACGCUAGCUUAUCUUUGGAAACAACUCUCUCAAGCUUUGAAGCAUACUUUCAGGAUCCCAGUUGUGCACAUAUAUAGCUUUCCACUCAAGUCUUUUGGAACUAUUCCUUCCACCCCAGCGAGCUGUUCUGGGGAUUCUCCUGACUUCUCCCCUCCCAAAGACCCAAUUUUGUGGGCCACAUUGGGGGAGGGAAGAGAAGGGAAAGCCCCAUUGCACAAAUGAAAGGCUCUCGCUGAUGGGGCUCAUUAGCCGAGUCCUGCCCAAUGCAUGUGAUGGAGACAUUUUCUUAGAUUUUGUAUACUCCAGUCCACAGUGAAUCUAGUGAAAUGUGUCAACAAGGGGUUCUUUUCUCCUUGUUUCGUUUUGUGGUUGUGCAGCAUGCUUGACAGUCCUUACUCAACAAACCAUGUGAAGUUGUCAGCUGCUGAUACUUUAUUUAUUUAUUUCUUGCUUGCCAUUUGGGGGAUAAGCAAUCAAGGUAUGUAUUUAUGAACGACUUGUUGCCGACGAUUUAAUAUAACAAUUAGAGCUUUUAUAGAUCGUAGUCUUCAUAUUAGUAACCAGUCAGCACAUAGUGUUAAGGGCACAGCCGCUUUAUCACACACAUCUGGAUGGCUCUGUUUACCCUUUUACUUUUAUGUCUUCUUCCUGUUUUCAUCUAUUAGCCGCCCUCGUUCUCCAAAUGAUCUGCUGGCCUUAUUUCGAUACCCAAGAGAUCCUUACACUGUUGAGCAAGCAAGAGCUGGAGAAAUAUUCGAAAGAACAUUGCAGCUAAUUCAAGAACAUGUGCAAGAUGGUCUGAUGGUUGACCUAAAUGGAACAAGUCAGUGCUUUUGCCUUGUGUGCUCUAAUUAUGCAUGACAUUAGCCUGGAGUGGCAUAGUCCAGCGCUGUGUGCCUUAUUGUCCAGGUUUUGGCCUCUUUGUCAGAAGCUUAUAUACAGAUGUUGCGUGCUGUCACUGGGCGUAGAGUUAUGUCAUGUGUGUUAUGCCAAGUCCUGUGUUCUGUUGUGGGACUAGGAGUUGGUGGUCAGUUGUGGGUUGUGUGGUUUUUGUUUUCAAAUCAGUUUAGUGGCAAACAUAUCCCUCCUGUGAGUUCCAUCGUUGGUAUCAGGGCCAGAUUCUAAAGGUGGAUUUGGCAGGUGUGGACAUGCCAGUCCCAGCUAUGCCAGCUCCAUUGCUAGAUUUGAGCAUCUCUGCCAGUGUACCACCUGUGACAGUGGCAUGCCUUGUGUUCCUUGUUUGGCAUAGUGGGCCUUCUCCACCUCCUCUGUCCUCUCGGCUGGUGUAUCUUGAGCGUAGGGUUUUAGCUGUAUAUAAUAAAUAAAAUGCACAUCUGAAACCUUCUUUUUUAAAAAAAGUCUUGCGCCAGGAAGAUGUCUCUGAUCUAAACUGCUUCCGGCAAAGUGAAAAGCAAUGGUGGUGAGCAACCUGGUUUCAUUUUCCCUCCAGAAAAGGUGCUUUGGGGGUAAAAUUAAAUGUUUCAUCACAAACAUAAAGCGCUUGGGUGGGAAGAAAGUUGUGGUGGGUGAAGGAACAGGCUAGGAAUUUGAAGCUAGGGUUCUUGAACUGCAGGCUGGGGCUCAGAUAGUUUGUGCCCCAAAUGAAGGAAUAGCCAUUGACACAUGGCAUUGACACCGAACAGCUGAAAAGAGUGGUGUAGACUCCAUGAGCUGGAAUGAAGUAUGUGAAACUUUUGUAAGUGCCUCAAAUAGCACCUACACAACAGGUUAAAUUCAAAAAUAAUACAUAGCGGGAUUUUAAAAAAUGUUUUCUCUCCCUCCCCUCAUUCUUCUCUUUCAAAGUGUCUCUCUUCUCUCAAACUGCAUACUUUAUUCUGAAAGCAAAUGCAAAUAAGAUGUUUUAGCACCAUAAAGGUUCAUCCGAGGGUUUCACAAAUGAAACACAUAUGACUCUUUACUUCUUUCCCUCCAGUGUGGAAUGCUGCUUAAGGAUAUGAGCAACUCUAUAUCCACACUGCUUAAAGUGUGUUUUGUAAUCACCUUUUCUGACAACGCCUAAUAAUUGCCCCGGUGGAAUACCCCUAUCCUUAGUCUGAAUGUAUCAGCAUAACCUAAAUUGGCAUUUGUAAAGCAAUUAUUUAAUAAUCCCUCCAAGGCCUUGUUUUUGGCAGUUAUCUGUGCUUGAGGCAUGUUGCAAAGUAGUUGGAAGCUAUACUAAAAUCUUAGAAAGGCAGAACAGCUAGGACUUGGCAGGUAAUGAACUGCUGCAGCCAGGUUGAUCAUGUGAAAGGAAAUACUUUUCCUUAGGAUGGUUCUUCUGUUUUGAGUAAUUGUGAGUUUUAUUAAAGUAUACUAAAAACUUAAAACUCAAAACCCUGAACUCAGCACAAGGUCCUAUGCGUCAUGGUUUUGAAACGUUACCAGAGUAACUCAACUACCCAGAUUUCUCCACAUAAUUCGGACUAAACAGAUAAUAUAUACUGAGUCGUUUAUUGUCUUGUCGCAUUCUCCAAAUCCAGAUCAUGACUUUGACAAUGUACAUUUUUGUGUGUGGAACUGUUGUGAUAUAUUUGAUAGCAGUCUUGUCGAAACAAACCAUUUUCAAGAAUAGUUGUGAAUAAAAUCCUAACUUUUCUAGAUUAAAUAUUAUAUAAAAUAAUUUUAAUCAUUCAUAAAAAGUAAUUCACAAACAAUUCUGGCAAUAAUACAAUCAUACUGGAUAUGGCUGAAAUGAUCUUAGUUUUUUCUUAUUGUCUCUUUUUACGAAUAAGCCUUGGCUUCUAAUAGAUGUCUGUUUGAGAGAAACAGGUCACAAAAUACAUAACCCCUAAGCUGCUGCCCUACCAAGGAAGCAAAACAGGGAUUGUGGAAGCUGCAGCUCAUGCAAAAAUUAAUUUCCAUAGCAUUGUAUUAUGCCAGCAUUAUGUGCAACCCAAGGGCACUGGUGGAUCAGUUUUUUUAAAAUAAAAAAAAGUUUGUGAUUAAGUUAUUUGUAGCUUGUCUCCCAUUACUUUAAGUAAUUUUUUUUUAAAUACUACUAGGAGAAGAAUAAUUUUUGUGCUACCUCCUAAAGGUGAUCUGCAACCCUACACCCACUUCCUCGUGGGCAAGCCCCAUUGUACUCAAGGGGGGCUGUAUUCUCAGUAAUGACUGUGUGUGAAGUCAACUGGUUGAUUAAUAGAUCAAGUAAUGUCACACCUUUUGAGAUAUCGAAAGAGGGAGCAUUCCAGCUUAUGAUAUAAUAAACAGAAGCUAUCAUUCAUCAUAGCUCCUGUGCCUUCUUUCCGAAAGAAAAUGGCUAUCUUUAAUAUUUUCUUUCCCGUUCCCUAUUGCAGUAACACACCAGAACCAAAAGAGCCUCAAAAGGUAAAGAACUGUGCCCCUUAACUCACAGUACCCUGAUUUAAAAUGCCCCCCAACUAAUUAGUUUAUCAGUGUUGUAGAUUUUACAUGGUUAAAACUGAUUAAAGCAUGUAGUAAUAGCAUUUUUGUUUCCAGGACUUAAAAAGUAUUUGAUCCUUCCCUCUCUCUCUCUCUCUUAUCUGUUUCAGGCUAUCACUAUAAUGACCUUGUGUCUCCACAGUAUUUGAAUCUGAUAGCUAACCUCUCAGGCUGCACGGCCCAUAGGCGUGUGAAUAACUGCUCAGAUAUGUGCUAUCACCAGAAAUACAGAACACAUGACGGGACCUGCAAUAACUUGCAGCAUCCGAUGUGGGGAGCCUCCCUAACAGCCUUUGAACGCUUGCUGAAGUCGGUCUACGAAAACGGAUUUAAUUUGCCAAGGGGCAUUGGAGCUAACCGGCGUUACAAUGGACACACACUCCCAAUGCCACGCUUGGUUUCAACCACGCUGAUCGGGACGGAAACAAUAACCCCCGACGACCAGUUUAGCCAUAUGCUGAUGCAAUGGGGCCAAUUCCUAGACCAUGACCUGGACUCCACCGUUGCUGCUCUGAGUGAAGCCAGGUUUUCUGAUGGCCAGCACUGCAGCUCCGUUUGUACAAAUGACCCGCCGUGUUUCUCUAUCAUGGUGCCGCCCAACGACCCUCGAGUCAGGAACGGAGCGCGGUGCAUGUUUUUUGUGCGUUCCAGCCCGGUGUGCGGAAGUGGCAUGACUUCCCUUCUCAUGAAUUCGGUUUACCCACGAGAACAGAUCAACCAGCUGACUUCCUAUAUCGAUGCAUCCAAUGUGUAUGGCAGUUCGGAUCACGAGGCACAAGAAAUCAGAGAUUUGGCAAGCCACAGGGGGCUUCUGAGACAGGGCAUUGUGCAGAGAUCUGGGAAGCCUCUUCUGCCGUUUGCUACCGGCCCACCAACUGAAUGUAUGCGGGAUGAGAAUGAGAGCCCGAUUCCUUGCUUCUUAGCUGGCGACCAUCGCGCCAAUGAACAGCUGGGACUCACCAGCAUGCAUACCUUGUGGUUCAGAGAACACAACAGGAUUGCCACAGAGUUGCUGAAACUCAACCCACACUGGGACGGCGAUACAAUUUAUCACGAAACACGCAAGAUUGUGGGUGCAGAAAUGCAACACAUAACGUACAGCCACUGGCUGCCUAAGAUUUUGGGAGAGGUAGGAUUGAAGAUGCUUGGCGAAUAUAAAGGUUACGACCCCAAUAUUAAUUCUGGAAUAACUAAUGAAUUUGCAACUGCCGCUUUUAGGUUUGGUCACACACUGAUCAAUCCCAUACUGUAUCGCUUGGAUGAAAACUUUGAGACUAUUCCACAAGGCCACAUACCUCUUCAUAAAGCGUUCUUCUCCCCGUUUCGGAUUGUAAACGAAGGAGGCAUUGAUCCACUUCUAAGGGGUUUAUUUGGUGUGGCUGGUAAGAUGCGUGUGACGUCGCAGUUGCUUAAUACGGAAUUGACAGAGAGGCUUUUCUCCAUGGCUCGCGCGGUAGCGUUAGAUCUGGCCGCAAUGAAUAUUCAAAGAGGUAGAGAUCACGGAGUACCACCUUACCACGAUUUUAGAGUUUACUGUAACCUUUCUUCGGCGCACACGUUUGAAGAUUUGAAAAAUGAAAUCAAGAAUCCUGACAUCAGAGAGAAACUCAGGAGGUAAGUGUUAGAUAAAUGUGACUUAAAAUAAAAAUGUACUUAUUUGGUGGGAACUAAACAUUCUUAUUUCUUUAAACCAAAACAAUAAAACUCUCAAUUGUAAGUUAUGUACUUUCAAAGGGUUGUAUCCAACACUUCUGCUCACACAACAAGACUUCUCCUCCUCCUCCUCCUCUCCUUGCAUGCUCCCCAGAUCUGCUCCAGAGGAUCCCCUGAUUCUUGAGAAGAGAUUUUGAGGGUGUGUGGUUGGGCUAUAGGAGAGAGAAGAGGAUGAGGAACCAGGAUACAACCCAGAUUGUUUAGUUUCAUGGCAGUCUGUCAAUAUUUUAUAUACACAUAUUUAAACUUGCAUAUGACACUACUGCCCUUAGACAAAACUAAAAAUGCCUUUGUGCUAUCUAGAUAGAUGGAUUUAUUUGAUAGAUUUGCUGAACCAACUAAUGUUUAAAAUGUUGGAGGUUACCUUCUGAGUUAACAGCAAAGGUUUACAUUACCUUGCUUUAGAAAUCAGCUUUCAGAAGUCAAAUGGAAAUAAGGGCUCAAACCUGCCUGGAAGCUGUGCUGACUAAUCCUACAGAUAUGAGCUCAUCCUCAGUCUGGGAAAGGAAAGACACUGUACACAUCCAAACAGUCAGCGAGUACAGAAAAAAGGGGAAUGGGAGCAUUGGCUCAAAUUAAGUCCUACAUAAACACACAAGGGGAAGGCAACCAAAGUAAAAACCAGACUGCCAUCUUUCUACCUCCAACUGUGUGACAUUUCAGCUGUCAUUCUUCAAAGUGGUAUAAGGCUGAAAUUGUGUGUACUGUAUGAUCUUCAAUCAUUUAUCCUUUUUUUACUUUUUAUUUCAUAUUCUUUACUGAAAAAUAUACAAAAUUUUAGGUGCACACAGUACAAUAAGACACAAAACAGAAGAAACAAGAAAUAGUACACAUGUAGAAAACAAAACACAACAACAACCAAAAAGAUAUUGUAUACAUUACAAAAAGGGGGGGGGGACUUCCUAUGGAAGUUAACCAGUCCUUAAUAUAAUAUGGUAUUUAUAAAAUAUGGUAUAUUCAUGGAGUAAUUUAACAAUAUUUGGAAUACAUUUUUAUAAAUCCUCAAUCAUUCAUCUUACUUGUAAUAGGUUAUAUGGUUCACCACUGAACAUAGAUUUGUUUCCUGCUCUUAUGGUGGAAGAUUUAAUUCCUGGUAGCAGAUUGGGACCAACGCUGAUGUGUCUCCUGAGCACACAGUUUAAGCGUCUCCGAGAUGGGGACAGGUAAGUUUUGGUAGAAAAUAAAAUAAUAAUUCAAAAUUAAUAAUUUCACCAUCUUAACAGUAAUCAGCUAUAGUGGCUGUGUAUCCUCUUUCUCUCUUAUACUUAAUUAGUCUUUCAGUUACCAUAACAGGCUAGUAGUAUAGGAGGAAGAGUACCCUGUGGUAAAAAUGUAGGAAUUGGUUGGGGGUGGGGAGGCCAUGUUCAGGGAAAUUGAAAGGCAGGCAGAAUAUAGAUCAGAAUCUGCUGUUAGAUCUCAGAAUGAUGUGCAGUAGAGCAUUUGCUCUGCAUACAGAAGCAACAGAUUCUAUCCAUGGCAUUGCCAGAUAGCAUCAGAAGGCCCCUGUCUAAUCAUCCAGGACAGCCACUGCCAGUUAAUGUAGCCUGGUGCUAUGGACCCAUGGUCUUAACAGUGCUGUUUUUCAAGAAAAAUAGGUGCUGGAACUCACUAUGAACGCCUCUCUUAUGGCAAUGGCACUCAGCUGAGAGAUGCCGGAACUGAGUUCCAGCUGAAAAAAAGAGCCCUUGUCUUAAACAGUAUAACAUAGCUUCUCAGGUCUGAUUGACAGUAAAGGUAAAGGGACCCCUGACCAUUAGGUCCAGUUGUGGCUGACUCUGGGGUUGCGGUGCUCAUCUCGCUUUAUUGGCUGAGGGAGCCGGCGUACAGCUUCCAGGUCAUGUGGCUAAGCCGCUUCUGGCAAACCAGAGCAGUGCACAGAAACGCCGCUUACCUACUUGCACUUUGACGUGCUUUCAAACUCCUAGGUUGGCAGGAGCAGGGACCAAGCAACGGGAGCUCACCCCGUUGCAGGGAUUCGAACCGCCUACCUUCUGAUCGGCAAGUCCUAGGCUCUGUGGUUUAACCCACUGCGCCACCCGUGUCUCUGUUUAAUAAUAGGAACACCAAAAAAAGGGCUUGCCUCCCCUCUCCCACCAUGUAAGUGAAGGGAAGUAAAACAUGGAGUGGGUUUUUAUUGAAAGACUGUGAGCUCAUUUCAGUGUAUGUCUCACAAAGAACAGUAAAUAACUGACCACCAUUUUGCAGUUAUUUUAAUGCUCAAGGCAAUUUGCCUAUCUUCUCAAAGGACAGACUAGUCCUGGUGUACUGGAGUAUUUUAAUAUAUUGACACUGGAUUUUCAUUUAAGGGUCGAAAUGGCAGGUGAGCUAAGAAAUACUCGCCAUCAGGCAGUGGUGAUUCAUGGAGGUGGAGUCCCAUUGUGCAAGCACACCUUGUUCCAUGCAUGCAACAACUUAGUUGACUCCCACCCACAGUCCUGAUAAUUGCAGAGUUUAAUUCCAUCUUCCGAUGGAAUGUUCUAUCCAUAUUUUUUUUUAAUUGAGAUUUGUCUAAUGAUUUAUUCUUACUUUAUGUGAGACUAUAGGUUAUGGCAUGAGAAUCCAGGUGUGUUUACUCCAUCUCAGUUGACUCAGAUCAAGCAGGCAUCCCUUGCCAGAAUUCUGUGUGACAAUGGCGACAACAUAACCAGAGUGCAACGUGAUGUUUUCAGAGUGGCUGAGUUCCCACAUGGAUAUGGAAGCUGCGAUGAAAUUCCUAAAGUAGAUCUCAGGAUGUGGCAAGAUUGCUGUGAAGGUAGGUAGACACCCACACACAAUUAUUCUGAAAAGGCAUUUAUUUAUUUAUUUAUUUAUUUAUUUAUUGAAUUUGUUUGCAUCUAAGUUGCUUUGGGUUGAUAAAGCAAUUAACAGACAGACCCAAAAAACCCCCCACAUAGAUACAUUAAAAACAUCCCUCCACUUCCAAAAGGCUACAGAUAGUUAAUGGUCAAAGGCCUGGUUAUAGAGGUAAGUUUUUGCCUGGUGCUGAAAGAUAUAUAUAAUCAUGGUACCAGGCGAGCCUUCCCGGGGAGAGCAUUCUACAGAAGAGGAGCCACCACAGUAAAGGACCAUUCUUGUGUUGCCACCCUCUGGACCUCUGAAAUAACUUCAUUGAUAUUAGGCAGGGAAACAAGUUGAGGAAAAUAGGUUAUCAAGUUCCUUUCUCAAAGCAGCUGUUUAGAUGUUCUAAGGCUUUUAGUUCUUCUUGCACAAAUCCUGCUGAAUGUGGUGGCAUAGCGCAAAACUUCUUAAAAUGGAACUCUAGGGACAUGGGUUCAAAUCCCUGCCCUAUCGGGAAAUCUUUGAGAAGUGAGCAUUCUCCCCUGGAAUGACCAUUCUAACCCAAUCUUAAAAGGCUGGUGAGAAAGGAUGAAAAAUAAAACACCCAUGCAUGCCCUCCUUCCCCAAUAAGGACAUUUGAAGAAAGAUGGAGUAUCCAUGUGAUAUACAAGUAUUUAAUAAGCACUGUGCUUUAGUGGCUCAUAUCUGGCAAAACCUAGACGUCGUAUUCAUUAUGCUUAAUACAUGUUCAGUUUGGACUAUAGCAUGUGAGUAUGCAUUGGCUCACUUUGCCUGAACCUCAUCUGCUCUCCUCAAGAGAAGUCUAUGGCUAGCACUGUUUACAGUAAAGUUUAUCCUUAUCUCUUAGACAGUCAUCCUGGUCAAUUCCCCCUGGCCCCUUCCCAGACAAAACAAUAACAAAAGUUGGGAAGGAGAGGAAGUGGCAGUUGUGAAAGCUCACUAGGAACAAGACAGGACUCAUUGUCUCUUCUGCACUGGAAUUUAGUUGGCGUGCGUGAAGUUUGUAGUCUCCUCCUGCCCCAACCCCUUCACUUUUAGAGGCAGAAAGAAAUGUAAAUCCCAUGAGCCCCAAUGGAAUAACAGUCCUCAACAUGAUCAGGACCUCCAUUUUCCAUCAAGAAGAGGUCACCAGUGCCUACAUUAUCUCUAAUGAACCUUCACCACAGGUUGUUAAGUUGUGGGUGAACAUAUCAGACGACACAGUGAUUCUUCAAACAGCUCUUGUUUUGUUUCUUCAGAGGCCAGAACAGAACUGAGCUGAAGGGUUCAGUCAGCCUGCUUAUAUAGAGCUCCAGUACACAUAAUUGUAACAACUUUCUAAAACUAUCCAAUCACUGAACGUCACUUCCAAUCCCUUAUUUGCAUAACUAUCUACAGUAUCCCCCUGCUGGCCCAGGGUGAGAACUUCAGUUCAUAACACAGGUGGUUACCCCUCUCCCAAAGAUUAAGGUUUUUGUUGGUUUAGGAAGAAGUAGGAAGAACUGGCAAGGGUGACACACUAGCAGAGGCCCACUUUGAGCUGCAGCUGAAUUUGGAGGGGCCUAGGCCCCACUCUAAAGGGAGUGAGGAUCUUCAAACCGUGGGUAUUUAUAUUUCAGGCUCUCCCAAUUCCAAAUUUGUUCCCAUUGCACCCCUUUCUUCCUCAGCAGCUAAUGGAAGUUUUCACUAUUUUGAGACAAAGCAAGAAGAGGCUAUUAUUAUACUUACAGACAUUUUGUUCCUCUAUAUAUUGAAAUGAGAAACAUUGCUCCUAUUCUCCAAACAAGCACUUGUCAAUCAAAAUUUGACAGUUUGGCCAAGGUGUAUACUAUAAAAAGCUGGCCUUUUUAUUGAGUCUUUAUUAUUGCAACACUACAUAAUAGAAUGUAUCUGUUUUCAUUAUCCUUCCUGUUUUCCUUGCUCCUAAAUACUUUUCCAGAAUAGAUUUUAAAUUAUAUUUGUUACUGAAAUGUAUCUCUUCCUGGAACGUUUAGCAAGUAGUAAAGCAGUGUAAUAAAAAGAAAAACAAAGUGGCUCUUCCUCUGCAUAAUAACAAAACCCAGAUACUUGUUUGACAAACCAUUGCCGCCACAGAAUUACUGUUUUAAUCUGGUAAACAAAGUAGUUUCUCUCCAUGUGUGUCUCUCUCAAAAGUGAUUAAUAUUUCAUCUUCCUUUUCUUCCAAUACCCUUGACAGCUUUCUUGCCCUUUUGAGCUUUCCUGAAACGCACAUCUUAAAGCAUCAACAUAAGCCAACCCUCUCAAACCACAGAUCUGCAUAGUGAUGCCCCCUGAAAAAGGAAUCUGUUCAAAUCUUUCAGGCAGAGAACUUUGAUGAACAAACCUCCUCUCAGCAGUAAAUAGCACAUCACUAACAUUCUCUUCCACUCUCAACCAGCAAAUCUACUGUAGGAAAGCUUUCCACAACCCUAGUGUGAGUUCCCAUACUAUUCACCACCCCUGUCUUCCCAUCUCUUAAGGGGUAAAGUAUAUAGCACCUGCAAACAGCUGCCUACCUCGGCCUCCAAUGUAUAAUCAAACUUCCUGUAGAUGUUUAAUUUCACUGCAAGUGAAGUUUCUCUCUCUCUGUAUGUCUCUCAGAGAGGUACUUGAUAUUUCACUAAAAGAUUUUAGGGAAGAGGUUAUUUUGAGCUUUUCCAUACAGUUUUCCAAGCCAGAAAAUUAAAAAGCCAAUUACAGUUUACUGGGCACAAUAGGUAAAGGCUAAAGGGACCCCUGACCAUUAGGUGCAGUCGUGGCCGACUCUGGGGUUGCGGCGCUCAUCUUGCUUUAUUGGCCGAGGGAGCCGGCGUACAGCUUCCGGGUCAUGUGGCCAGCAUGACUGAGCCGCUUCUGGCGAACCAGAGCAGUGCACGGAAACGCCGUUUACCUUCCCGCCGGAGCGGUACCUAUUUAUCUACUUGCACUUUGACGUGCUUUGAAACUGCUAGGUUGGCAGGAGCAGGGACCGAGCAACGGGAGCUCACCCUGUCGCGGGGAUUUGAACCGCCGACCUUCUGAUAGGCAAGUCCUAGGCUCUGUGGUUUAACUCACGUCUUUAAAAUCCGAAAAAUUGUUCAUAAACCCCAUAACAUUCUGUUCAAUUUCAGACUGUAGAACUAGAGGACAAUUCAAUGCAUUCUCUUACCACUUUCGAGGAAGACGUUCCCUUGAUUUCAGUUUCCGUGAAGACAAGCCAUCAAAGCACAUGAAAAUGUCAAAAACAAGGUAAAGGAUUGAUUGAUUGAUUGAUUGAUUGAUUGAUUUAUAAAAAUGACAAUAUGUAAACAUGCAUGUUAUUACUGAGGCACAGAAGUCUUUGGACACCUCCCAAACAUUCUGCUGCAAGUCUUUAUUUACUUUUGUCCUCCAGCACAUGAAUUUUAGGAAUGUGGCCGUAUCUUAUCAGCUAGGAGGUCGUAUGUCUUACUCGUUUCCAAAAGUUGCAUUCCUUUUAUUUCAAGUGCUUUAUAAUUAAAUAGCUUUAGAAAGAACUCUUUUUUGGCAAAUGCAUCACAAGCAAUCAUUCAGAAUCCCAGACUUGUUUUAUCUUACAUAGGAAAAAUAAUUCGGGGCAAAUACAUGGUUAUUCAGAUUGCAAGGUUGGCUACCUUGUGCUAUCCAAAAUGCGGUCAUUUUUUGCGCUGUUGUAUUUUUUAUGGGUUGCUAUCCUUCCAGAGAUUCAUGCACUGAGUGCCAGACUACUAUUCAAAAUCAUUUUGAUAAGACCAAAUGGAUUGUGAAUCAUACAACAAAGGUGUGUUAUCUCCAGUGCUGUUUAAUAUGUACAAGAAGCCAUUAGGAGCGGUCAUUAGGCGUUUUGGAGCGAGGUGUCGUCAGUAUGCUGAUGACACUUGGCUCUAGUUAGCCUUAGCAUCUUACGAGGGAGAUAUCUGGGGAAGCCUUGUUAAUGGGAAGCAACAAACAUGUCAGAAUAUCAUGUUAGGAACAGAAUUAUUGGAUUCUUUAAUUAAUACAAUUCCAGUUCUAAAGCAAAUAACAUUUAUUUUUUAAGAAUCUUGUAUGUCCUACUAAUGUACAGGGCUUUUAAUCAUAAAAAUCCUGAACAGCUUUGUUAAUCCAAGUGUACUUUUUCCACCUAGGAUGAUAGAUGGGCCUUCCUAGGACUAUGACGUCAUGCCUUCAGUGCAUAGGCAAAGUAAUUUAUGAGUUGCAUCAACAACACACCUAAAUUACAUUUUGGCUUUUCCUUCUCUCCUCCUGGUUUUUUUUUCUCUGAGCAGGAGGAUGCAAGCAUGAUGUAAAUAUCUUAGGAAGUUGAAGUGUAUGGUUCUUGUCAUUUUGGUAGGUGGGAGAGAUGCUUAAAAAUGUGUGUAGUACACACUGUAACGGUCUCAGAUUUGUAAAAUAGUCUGUAGCUUGCAAAACCUGUAAUGGGAUACCAUGCUUGGAAAUUAGCCAGUAUGAAUGUUUGUUAGAGUUUCAUAUUUUAUCGUUUAAAAACCCUGAUCUAAGACAAUCACCAAGUCUUUAAUCUUCCAUUUGUUUACGAGUCAGUCUUUUAACAUAUGCUUAUUUCUAGUGAGAGGCAUUUAAAAACAUGCAAAGGUAAUAAAAAUUGGGGGGGGGGACUGUGCAUGUUUCAGCACUAUGAAACAACAAUAAACAAGGGUUAAAAUUAAUAUGAUACACUUCUUAACAUAUAAUAAAAAUACUAUUAAAUAACUGAAAAAUUUAUUUAAAAAAGCAGGGAAGACCAAAAAUAAAACAACAACCCUGGUUUUUGCCUUUUAAAUGCUACCGUUUUAUAUACUUCCAUCAGCUGCAAAGAGAUGGAAAGAGGUCAAGUUCUUCGUUGUACUUAUUAUUACCUUUAGAAGCAGUAUGCAUCUGCAGAGUAGAAAUUCCUGCUCUGCUGUUUCCAGGAUACACUAUUCUGUGACUGGGAAUAUAAAAUUUUUGUUUGUUUAGUCGUUUAGUCGUGUCCGACUCUUUGUGACCCCAUGGACCAGAGCACGCCAGGCACUUCUGUCUUCCACUGUCUCCCGCAGUUUGGUCAGACUCAUGUUUGUAGCUUCGAGAACACUGUCCAACCAUCUCGUCCUCUGUCGUUCCCUUCUCCUUGUGCCCUCCAUCUUUCCCAACAUCAGGGUCUUUUCCAGGGAGUCUUCUCUUCUCAUGAGGUGGCCAAAGUAUUGGAGCCUCAGCUUCACGAUCUGUCCUUCCAGUGAGCACUCAGGGCUGAUUUCCUUAAGAAUGGAUGUGUUUGAUCUUCUUGCAGUCCAUGGGACUCUCAAGAGUCUCCUCCAGCACCGUAAUUCAAAAGCAUCAAUUCUUCAGCGAUCAGCCUUCUUUAUGGCCCAGCUCUCACUUCCAUACAUCACAACUGGGAAAACCAUGGCUUUAACUAUAUGGACCUUUGUUGGCAAGGUGAUGUCUCUGCUUUUUAAGAUGCUGUCUAGGUUUGCCAUCGCCUUUCUCCCAAGGAGCAGGCGUCUUUUAAUUUCGUGACUGCUGUCACCAUCUGCAGUGAUCAUGGAGCCCAAGAAAGUAACAUCUCUCACGGCCUCCAUUUCCUCCCCUUCUAUUUGCCAGGAAGUGAUGGGCCCAGUGGCCAUGAUCUUUGUUUUUUUGAUGUUGAGCUUCAGACCAUAUUUUGCGCUCUCCUCUUUCACCCUCAUUAAAAGGUUCUUUAAUUCCUCCUCACUUUCUGCCAUCAAGGUUGUGUCAUCUGCAUAUCUGAGGUUGUUGAUAUUUCUUCCGGCAAUCUUAAUUCCGGCUUGGGAUUCAUCCAGCCCAGCCUUUCGCAUGAUGAAUUCUGCAUAUAAGUUAAAUAAGCAGGGAGACAAUAUACAGCCUUGCCAUACUCCUUUCCCAAUUUUGAACCAAUCAGUUGUUCCAUAUCCAGUUCUAACUGUAGCUUCUUGUCCCACAUAGAGAUUUCUCAGGAGACAGAUGAGGUGAUCAGGCACUCCCAUUUCUUUAAGAACUUGCCAUAGUUUGCUGUGGUUGACACAGUCAAAGGCUUUUGCAUAGUCAAUGAAGCAAAAGUAGAUGUCUUUCUGGAACUCUCUAGCUUUCUCCAUAAUCCAGCGCAUGUUUGCAAUUUGGUCUCUGGUUCCUCUGCCUCUUCUAAAUCCAGCUUGCACUUCUGGGAGUUCUCGGUCCAUAUACUGCUUGAGCCUUCCUUGUAGAAUUUUAAGCAUAACCUUGCUAGCAUGUGAAAUGAGUGCAAUUGUGCGGUAGUUGGAGCAUUCUUUUAAAUAUAUAUUCUUUUCAAAUAUAUGGAUAUUUAAUAUAAAAUUAAAUUUCCAUAUAUCUUCUAAAGAAUAACAGGGUCAUUCUACACCUUAAUGAUGUAAUAUCUUUCCAUGGUGAAGUGUAAAGACUUAGUGAGUAAUGGCGAUGUUGCUUUGGUCAACCUUUUCAGAUUGUUUCAAGCCUAUGCUCUUCUUCUCCAACCCUCCUGCAAUACAAAGGGGUCAGUUUUUAGCAUUCAAGUACAAUGGGGAUGUUAGGACUGAAUCCUACACUGUGCUGUUUUUCCCUUCAGCGCCAAUCUCCUUCUUUCAUUAAGUGUUGCUUAAGUUUUCUUUGUAAGUAAAACUGAGAUUCUGUUGGAAGAGGAAAUAGUAAUUCUGCUACAUAGGUCACAUUUUAUACACUGGAGAAUAAUAAUGCAUGUGUUCACUUGUUGCUGUAGACUUUUAAAUCUGCAUUCUCUUUCCUGAUCUUGGCUGGCUUUCUCAUCCUUAUCUCAAGUAACAUGGGGAGGAGAGAGGAUUAAAGCACUUUAUUAGACUGCUAGUCUUCUGAUUUUUUUGGAAUGUAUUACUGGCAUUUAUUUUACCGGUAAGUCUGCAGAAUGUAAAGCUCAAUAAAGGGAACACCUGCCAAUCAGCAUAUUCUUUUUUUCUGCAUGCGGUAAAGUUUAUGCCAAGUUUCACAUUGUGAAAGAAUUCUGUUACAGCAGCAACACCUAUUUCAAAAACAUCCUGAGGAGAAAGCAGUUGCCAUCUGGUCUUCAAUAUGUGGAGUCUAAGAACUUUUAAUGACUAUAUCAACUCUGCAUCUAAUUCAGUACCAAAGGGUCACCAUUGCAAAUCAUAACCGUUGUGGAAAAUUCCUAAUUCUUUUCUGCCAUUGCUAGAUCCUCCAUUGUGUGUCUGCAAGGGAUUGAAACACCUAAGCCUAAUUUGUACAGCAUAAGCAUACUAGUAAACUAACCUUCUUUAUAGAAACGUCUACGUUUCAAAAAAGAAAUGGGUUGCCCCUCCUGCUUAAUAUACUGGUUAACUUUUUGUCGUUGCAGUUCUGCAAGGGAGAAUAAAUUCUCUAACCUCACCAUCUCAUCCUUUGACGAGCGCAAGAAAGCACCCGUCAUGAAUGACUUCAAAGAAUUUGUUGGUGACAUGCAAAAAACUAUCACAGACCUCAGAAAACAGGUGAACAUAAAAAAGGUUCUUCAGAUAAUAUUAGAAAGUGUUUCAGCAGUAUAAUCCCAUACAUGUCUGAUAAGAAGUAAGUCUCACGAGUCCAAUGGGACUUACACCCAGGUAAGUGGGUGGAGAGUCACUGUCUUAAGCUCCCUGCUCCUUGUAUGAAAGAGUGCAUGGUUAGGGUUGAAAGUAUGCUAUCGGCACCCACUGUGGAAUGGGUUGGGAGUUGCACACAGGAAAAACAAUUCACUGGAGGUCUGGUUGACCCUUUGGGAUGGCAUAGAAGGUGGCCCGAGAGUGGUGAAAGGAAUUGGUAAAGGAAGCACAGUUUCCCCCCACUGAAUUAAAGGCCCUUCCACUCAUUGAAGGAAUCCUUGUGGCAGUGGAAGCAUGUUUAAGAUCCAGUUGCGUGUGUGUGUGUGUGUGUGUGUGUGAGAGAGAGAGAGAGAGAGAGAGAGAGAAGGAACACUUGUGCAUUAAGACUACCACUUGUAGUUGAGAUACAGGGAAGUGCAAAUAGAGAGAGAGAAAAAAGGAUUCCCACAGGGCUAUUGUGAGGGUGGCGGAGAACUAUGAAUGUUGCUUUGAGCUCCUCAUAAUGAAGGCUGGAUAUACAUACAGUAAAUAUGUAACUUCAUUGUGCUCAACACUGGACAUCUCAAAUCCAUCUCUUGGCUUCCAUCUCUUGAAGUGAGUAGGACAUCUUCAAUUACACACAUAUGCCCUUUCAUGUGGGAAUACAUGCCAUCAACAAGCAGCAAAUCUUGGGCCUAGAACAGUGGUUCCCAAACCUUUUCAGGCCAUCACCUGCUUGGUUCCAUAACCUCAUCCCUCAGUGCCCCCUACCCCUAUAAAAAGCAUUGUUCAGAAUGGCCUUUUGCGUGACUUAGUAAGGAAUAUGAUAACACAGCAAAAUUCAAAACAGUAGCAAUUAAUUGCAUUUAUCCAAAAUCCAAUAUAGUUCAAAAAAUUAAACAAAAUCAAUGAACUUGAUCUAGUAAUACCAGGUUUUCAGAGUAUCAUAGUCAUUUAUACCUCUUACUGCCCCCUUGCCUCUUAGAGCCCCCCCUUAGGUAAUCCCACUGCCCUCCAGGGGGCAGUACCACCCACUUUGAAUGAAUGAAUGAAUUGAUUUAUUACGGUCACAGACCAGAAAUACCCACUUUGGAAACUACCAGACUGUAACUUCUGCUUGACCCCAUUCCCUCCAGUAGCAGAGUUUUUUGACAGUCAAAUGAAAUGUGACAUUAAAUGCAGAUCUUCAGUCUCCGCAACCAGCCAGGAACCCUAUUGGACUGCAUCUCUCAGUAAAACAAACUGGAUACAAUUUGAGUACAUAAGAGAAGGCUGUGUUUCUGUGGUUUUACUGGCUUGCAUACAAAAGGUAAUGGGAACGCUUUUAGUAUACAGAUAGCUAAACAAGGAUUUCCUGCCUUUUUUCAGAUAAAGAAACUUGAAUCACGGCUCAGUAGAACUGAAUGCACUGACGAAAAGGGUAAAUCUUAUUCCAGUAACGAAACCUGGAAAAAAGACCCGUGCACCACGUGCGAAUGCAAAGUGAGUAAUCAGAAUAUUCAUUUUCAUGGUUUUAACAUGGCGUCUCCACACUUACCUAGACAUGGCUCACUGUGUUCAGUGGGGCGUAUUCCCAAGCAAGCAUGAAUAGGGUUCCAGCAUCAUACUGAUUUUGCAGUGUGCUCAAUUGUAAAUUGCCAUUGCAGUUUUUGCACUUGCAAACUGAAGAAGUGAUUUGUGCAUGCAGGAGUGAAUAACGAAUACAGCUGGAACUCUGAUUGCUUUUUUGGCCUCAACAGUUUUCACUGCCAGCAAGACAAGCUUCUGUUCAGUCAGUCUACUGGCUUGUCUUCUCACCAAAGGAGCUACUGCCAGAACAGUAUGGAAAUGGGCACAGAAAUUGGCUUCCUAAGAAUUCCAGCUUUAUUUUAUUUUAUUUUGAAGAGCCAGCCCUUAGUUCUUACAGCUGUAAAAUGUUUUGAGCAAUGCCUGCUAAUGUUUCAGAAACCAAAGGCAUGGUUGAAAUUUGCUAGUGUGGUUUGGGGUGGGGGUGGGGCCUGGCUAGUGGGGUCCUGUUUCCUACCCCUUCCCAAAACUAGUGAAAACUGGUAAUGCAGAUUACUGAAUAAACAGUGCAGAAGAAGAUUCCUGAAAUUUCUUCCAAUUUAACUCAAAUUACACAAUUCAUACAAUUCAAACUCUUGAAGAUUUUUCAGGAUAAGCUAGCUAUUAUCUCUAUGUCCAUUGGACUGAAGAGAGUCUCAUACAUUGAAGUGUGGGUUAGGGACAAUAACUUUAAACAGGGCUGACAUUAAUAACCAUUAGAUUAAGUGUGGGUUCUGUAGUAGAAAACUGAUUAAAUUAGUGAUCUUAGUAGCUCAUGGCAUAAUGGGGGUUGGACUCGAUGGCCCUUGUGCUCUCUUCCAGCUCUAUGAUUCUAAUGCCAGUUGUGGGGGGAUAUUUGCUUAAUAAUGUCACUGGCUAGUGAACACUUUAUUAGGAUGUGUGCUAAGCUGUUGCUAUAAUUUUCCUAACACAGGUUGGCCAGAUAACCUGCUACGUGGAAUCGUGUCCACCGAAUGAUUGUGCAACACCUGUGAAGCUUAAAGGAGUUUGCUGUCCUGUCUGCUUAAAACAAACUGUUAGCAAAGAAAAUAAGCUCUAAGCCUGCUUUGCAAUGGUCACAAUACAAGUCAUAUGGAUAUCUGCUGAUGGCAAAAUACAGGUAACAUUAGGCAUAAAACCACAACAGGACGUUUGCAGGACAGCAUUCAAAUGAUGGUGUAACAGUGUAAGAAAAUGUAUUAUUUUACAUGCUUGCCCACUGAAAAACUACCGUGUAAAAGUAUUGAAAGGGAAUACACAGGACAGGACAGGACAGGACAGGACAAUCUUCUCAGGUUCAACAAACUGAAAACUUGGUGCUACUUUUUAAAGACUCCUUUGUCAAGUGGUUUUGAUUCUUAUUAGGCUGGCUUUUAUUUCUUCAUACACUGGCCAAAGGAAGUCAGGAGCCAUUUAUUAGGAUGAAGAGGGCCACAGCUUUUGUUUUUAAAAUACUGUCCGGCCCAGUGUUGAUAGUCUAGCUUGCCUUCUGUCAAAUACCUUGAUGGAGCUAGUUUAAGACCCAUAGUCUACUUAUUUAGCUACUCACAUCAUGUCUUUACAGCAUCCACUCAGUAUUUACUCAAUAUUCUGUGGCAGUGCCAAUUCUAAAGGACGGUGAGAGUGGAGAACACAAAUUUUGCUGCGGUUUUCUCCCGCAUCUCUUUGCAGUAUUAAUAUUCUGUCCUAUCCACUGUCCACAGUUGCCCUUCUUUAUUUUUCUGUUCCAUACCUAGGAGAUGAUUAGAAAUCAUAGGCAUAAAAUAUGUGUUCAGCCUUGCACUGUGUAACGUAAUUCAAAAGUCUGUGUACUCAUGAAAGUAAAGGCACUGCUGCAAGACAACAACAAUAACAAAAAAGAGGCUGCUCUGACUACUGCACAUUGAGCUAAACCUGAGCUAGGACUUAACCUGAUUUUUCUGGACCCUUCUGGCCUCAUUUGCAGUGUUUGCCCUUGAGAAAAUAUUGUUUGGAUUGGACCAUAGAGGGUUCCUACUGCUUAUCUGAUGUAAUAGAUAGGAUAAAAUGCCCUACCCCUCCAGCACUGCAAACCAUAGGACACUGAAGCAGUACAGUAAUAGCAAAUCCUCUUAUCAGCUUAAUGUCUAGGGGUGGGGAAAUACAUUCUAGAACUCAGAUUUCCAAAAGCACCAUCAUCCCAUCUGGAACAUUUAAUGCCUGGGAUAUUUUUUCUAGAAAAAGAGGUGCUGGAACUCACCAUGAACGCCUCCCUUGUUCACUUAAAAUGCCAAUGGCACCCACCUGAGAGGAAAAAACCCCCUGCAUAUAGAGAUUCUCUGUAGUUACUCAGUGGUAACAUUUCCACCUGUUCCAAGAUUGCUUCCCCCUGGAAUACUUCAUAUAUCCCCUGCUGCUGCUUGAAUGGAUGCAAGGGCUGAACUUUGGUGAGCUCUAGCAGAUAUAAUUCCCUCUAUUUCUGAUGCUAUGAUGCAAAUGUUGUAGCUUAUAUUGUGAAAAUGGCACCACACACACGAGAGAGAGAGAGAGAGAGAGAGAGAGUUUUUAGCUGGCUUGGAGGAUUCCCAAGGUUUGGAGACAUACACUAAUAUUAAGGGGAAAUCCCUGAAAUUGGGAUGUGAGGCAAAGACUGCCCAAUGGGGUCUGUGCAUCCUGACUUGCCACAGAAUACUAAAUUCCUGUUGCAGUGGGAGAAAAAUCAUGUGCAAGAGGAAAUAAAAUGGGAGACAUGGGGGGCAUGUCUAACUGACUGGCAACUGAACAGAAGCCCUCCAUGCUGCAACUUUUUGUUAUUAAUAUAAUGCCCUCUAAUUUUGGAGUCAUUUUGCUCUUAAAAAAGCAUAGCUGAAUGGGCAUCCCCUCCCCCCACCCCCAAGAAUCAGACCUAUGUCAGAUUCGCUCUCGAUUUAGGUCCUGCAUUGUGCCUGAAGCUGCCACAUGUCUUUUCAGGGAGACUCCUUUACCCAUUAAUAGCUGCCUGUCAGUGAAUUUGGAUUAUCUUGGAAUCAAGGUGCAAGGAUUGUGAAAGCUUCAUUAGUCCUAUUUCUGCUGCCUUGUGUGGUUGUUAAAAAGUGUAUCAUUCCCCAACAUCUUAUUUCUCAAGGGUACAGUGUACACAUCCUCUUAUAUCCUCUAGUAUGGUAUUCCAUGGUAUUGUCAUGGAAUGUGAAAGUAAAAACAAAGGUGUUCGGAUAGAAAAGGGCAGGCCCAUUUAAACUAAGGGGGUGGAGAAAUUAUAGUGAAGCAGAGCUUAGUGAAAAGCUCUAAAUGAAACCUACCUACUGAAUUGUUCUAAAAAACUUGCUCCUGUAGAUGUGUUCCUAAGCUGUACCAUGGCGUGAUUUGUGAAAAACCCAUCCGACAGAAGGCCUACCGAAUUGAGAUUAGCUCUUUCCUUUAAAAACUUUGUUUUAAAAAUAUGGUUUCAUUUAAGGUUUUUUUCAUAACACAUAGUGCCUGUUUCCCCACCCCCAUAGUCCUUGUGUCAAAUCAUGUUAAUGAUUACUUUUUUGUGAAUCUGUGUGCCCAGUUAAGAGGUAAAAAAAGCAGUGUCAAAUGUACUUCUACAUUAACUUGCCAUUGUUUACCUUUGUAUUUUCAACUUUGCCUCUUUAUAACCAACAUGUAUUAUUACAUACAGUGAAGGAAAACACUCAUACCUCAUUUGACAGACAUGUUUGGUUUCUUAAAUGGUGCUUUUCCAGAAAACAAGUCUUAAUUCCCUGGAAUAUAGCAGUGUUCUUCAAGUCCUGAUACUCUCACUCUCUCUGCUAACCAAUGCUAAAGACAAAGUCACUGAUUACUAAGUUAAAUCAUUAGGAUUUAAGGAUCAGGGACUUUAAAAAAGGAGGGGAGGGGGGCAAAUACAGGAACCUUUUCAACUUGCUUAAUAAUUUUGUUUGAUAACACAGAAGUGCAUUAAAUAAAGCUAGUCUAAUAAUAUUUUGGCACAUUAGCUCCCUCGCAUAAAUCAUUUGCUAUCUAUCAUAUUGUGCAUCGCCAAAUUAGCCAAGAAACCUGUUUGGUGGAGACAGCAACUGUGUCUCUAUAUGGUGGUGUUAAGCAAAAUGCAAUCAUGAUGCUGUAUGCACUCCAAUCCUAAAUACACUUACAGAGCAAUCCUAACCAGACCAGGGACAAUAGGAGCCUGAGAGCUAAAGCCCUACCAGCCAGGAUGGAAAGCUGUAGAUGGGGUUGGGUUUUUUUUACAUUUUUUUGCUGUUCCACUGCCAAGGCUGGAAUAGCUGAGGAGCUUAAAACUAGGCUGCUUUGGAUCCCAAAGAUUCAAAGCUUCUGGCACCUUGCUUUGAAAUUCCCUGUUUCAGGUCUUAUUGGCAGCAUACCAACCUCUGCUACAGAUGGACAUACACACAACAUAAGUGGUCAGAGCCCUGAACUCUAUCCUAAAUCACUAACUAAUGGGGAUGGGAUUGGAUUACAGUCUAAGAAGACUCCAUGACACACAGUGGGACUUACUUCUGAGUAAACAUGCACAGGUUUGUACUGUGAGGCAAUUUCAUACACAAAUAUUUGGCUCUGUGCCAUUACAGCAAAAUACCUUUUUUAUGUGUUAUAUUUAAAUUUGGAGUUUAAUUCUUAAGGUCUUUCAGUGCACGAAUAUAUUUUGUUUUAUUGAAAUUCCAGAUCCCAACUGUGCUUGCCAAGCUGCUAUCUAAAAUUCUUACAAAUUUGGAUAGAUUUCGAAAACAAGGGCUAGAACGAUAACAAGCUUAUUGUUGGCUAGAGGAAGUUUUUUAAUGUUACCAAUCACCCUUAAUUUUCAAUGCUGUAUUGUUUUAAAAGAGGGGAGGAGGAAAACCUGCUCAGGUAUUUUAGGUUGUAAUGCUAUAGCCACAUACCUGAGAGUAAGCCCCAUUAAAUUCAAUGGGUCCUACUUCUGUAUACAAUUGUAGUGUCGGCCACUUUAGUAUUUUCCAUGUAUUCAUUAACCAAAUAUACCUCUGUUUUCCCUUGUUAAAUAAAGCAGAUAUCUAAUCAGUAUUUGCUAAAUUAGUAUGUAAAAUUAUACAGAUUCCAGCAUUUAUUACCACUACACCUCUGGUGGUAAACUGGAUUAGGAAAUAGGUCUCAUUCUAUUUUUUUUUUAAUUCAAACAUUGUACAAAUGAAUAUGUUUUUCUUUUUCUUUUUACAUUUUCUGCUGAUUAAAGCCUAUGUAACAUUUUAAGACAGUGGCCAAUGGCCGAAUGACAUUUUUCUCAGUAUUUCUUCAGUUGCAAUUGUUCCAUAUUUAUUUACUUUUUUUAUAAAAAAAAACUCCUACCAAAAGUGAAGUCUUAGUUAUUUUUAUUGUGCUAAAUAAAUCUACCAAAGAAUUGUUUGCACUGUUAUGAAUGCUUCUCAGUUGCAAUAAACAGGUCACAUUUUUUUAAAGA